AUGAUACCUGAGAUACGCGUUCAACAUUGGUGGGCGACCGGGUACAAAAAGCCUAACACAUUUGAUGUCCAACCAGUCGAUAUGUGUUCCACUCUAGCUACAAAGACAGCGAUUAAGAUUUCUAACAGCAGUGUUGUAACAAGAAGAAUAAGCGAAGAGAGUGCCCCUGAUGGAAGCAAACUAAAGCCUGCCGAAAGGAUGGAGAGGAGGAGAAAGCGAAGUUUUUCACUCGAUCCGCAGAUUUUACUUCAGUGGGCAGCGACGCACAAUGACGUGGAAACGUUGAAAAAUUUGUUGGAAACAACGAAAGUGGACGUAAAUGAGCCAGGUGUAGAUGGCUUUUAUCCAUUGCAUCGAGCGGCGAGUACGGGUAGUUUGGAGUGCCUUCAGUACCUUGUAACGAAAGGCGCUCAGCUUGAAGUGCGCGACAAAGAUGGCUCGUCACCACUAGAUGCUGCGGUGAGUGAAGGUGAAUUUGACUGUGCGAGAUUUCUUAUAGAGAAAGGAGCAAAUAUAAAUCAUAUUCGUGAUGGUUUUACAGACAAGGACCUGGUUAGAGUAGGAAGAAGGAACAGAGGAAUGACAAGUAUAUGGUGACAGAAAAUUGGAAGGGUAUAAACGUUUUGAGCUAUACACGCGAGAAUCUCAAAAGCACUGAUGAAAAAGACGACUUUUAGUUUUGGUGAAGAUUGCAACAGCAGGGAAACUCUGGGAAUUGACUUGCUUCGUGUGAGGGGACAUGUGUUAGAUAAUAUCGGUGUUAACAAGUAAAUCUAUUGAGCAGUGCAUGUCUUUGGUCAAGAAUUGUUUGCGUAUCUCAUAAAUCAAAUUUAACAAGAUCCAAAUGGAAUUACAUUGCCCUCUGAGUAGUUCGCGAAUUACAAUAGCAUGUUAUGCUCCAGUACAACUGCGUUAAUGCUGACUUAAAAGCCGGAAAUGUCCGUGAAUAAUCAAGAUAACGACACGAAUGGUUCAAAAGUGAGAAAUGUUGACCAUUUAAAUCGUUUACAAGUGUUAUUUGUUAAUCGGAUUUGUAAUUUUCACUUGCAGUGGAACUAUUAGCCCUUCGUUUUUCAUAUACGUUUUGCGGUGAAAAUAACCGGCAAGACGAUCUGUAAAUAGAAUGAAAAACCAUAAAUAACUGCAGCAAAUUCUAGGGAUCAGUCAUCUGUGAAAUAAUAUCAACAGAAAUUAAAAAUGUUAAAUUAUCGAGGUUUGUACGAUAACGUCUAAAACCAACAACUACUUCAAUCAAGUGUAAUUUGCCUCUCAGGGUGUGAUACAAAUUCAAUGUUCAACUUUUUAAUUAAAACCAUUCGGUUAUCUGUCCCUUCUAACCCAAAGACGCGUAUUUUGCGAAGUAUUUAAAUGUGUUGCAUGAGAUUCCUGAUUUCGAUCUCCAGCUUUUAAAGCUCUGUUGACUGAUCCACUGAGGACGUCAACUUGAUUAACACGCCCUUGAGAGCGCUUAUCAAUAAUAAACACGCAAUCUGAAAGAAAUACUAUAUAGGCAUCUUUAUAAAAUAAUAUUUCGUCUGACAGCUUGCAUUUCUCCAAUCGCGGUAUAUAUUUCGCAAAAAUUUUGCUGUAAACUUUCAAAUAGCCUUAUUUAAUUAAAUUCAAAUAAAGUAAUAUCAGGCUGUUUACAUUCAUUAACGUAAAAAGGCUUAUCUUCUUAUUACAUAUCUUUUCUAAUAAAGAUCGGGCUGCGUGUCAGUAAUCUAAAGAGAGAGAUUUCGGUCUCGAACUAAUGACGUCCACCCUGACGAGAAAGCUAAUUAUCAAAUUGCAGCCAUAGUAGUUUUUCUGCCCUAGACAACAACGAAUGCUCAGCUUCUAACAAAACAAUCUACGAGUUUACGAUUUUGACACCGUAAUUAAGCACACCCCUUUCCCAGACUUCCUCAGAAAGACGUGUCCGUAGCACAGUCUUGUAAAAUAUUUGGGUUUUGCCCAAUCUAUUUUUGUCGACUGAGAGAACAGAUAAAACAGGCGCAAGACACGAGUCUAAAUGAGACAAACAGGCACCAUAGUCCGAAUAUUUAAGCGCGGUAUUACUAGGUUUUCUAAGGGGCCCACUUUCUUUAACCCUCAAAGCCUUAAGAGUGAUGAGCGUCAAAUUUCUCUUUGUAAUAUCACUGCUUUUUAAAACAGGGUGGUCAUGAGAAUUAAGGACAUGAUCACACAAGAUGAAUCUAAUUGAUUCUUCAACAAAUUCUCCCCACUUCUUCUAUUGAAAACGCAUAGGGAUAACAAAUGGGAAUUUGAAUUUUGAUGUUAGAGUUUAAAGGGUUAACACUAAAACUGAGGAGCUGAGUCACAAAAUUUUGAAAAUUCAAACAGGAGAAAUGCCACAAAACUGAGGGAAACAUACAAAUAACUGCUCAAGACAUUAAAAGAAGGUCUACAUCAUACAACAAAAUACAACAGAAGGCGCGGUUGGUGACUGAACUUGAAGAAGAUUGAAACGCAUUGCAAUUGUGGUUUCUUGAAAACUGGUUUUCUUGUCGCUUGCUCCAUACUUAUCUGUCACUUUGGAGGUCAAUUUAAAUAUAACUCAGCACCAAAAUGAUGUGACAUUUUUUGGGGGGGCAGGGGGGGUUGCUCAAUAAAAAUCGAUUAAUCGCCCAAUGUAAGGUAAUCCAAGACAGUCGACUUGAAUUCUGGAUUACACGCUGUGGAUUCCGGACUCCAAGUACUGGAUUUCGGAUUUCAAUCGUUAGCAGGAUUCCGGAUUCCUUGAGCUGAGUUCCCGGAUUCCAAAGCCCUGAAUUGCGGAUUUAACAAGCAAAUAAUGUUAUCAUUUAUUUUCACAUAUAUUUGUUUUAACCUGAUUGUGAUCAUGACCAAAUUUGUCGCAUUUAUCUCCUCAUUGCGAUCUUAAAGUCUGCAAUUUUUUGUAAACAAUAAAUAAAACACCACUUCUGUUGCUUUAUAAUACCUCUUUUUAUAAUGGGACUUCUACCACAACAGCUCCAAAUGCAGAUAGAAAGUCAACAGCAUCAGCAACAACAACAACGGAACAUGAUUCAGCAUCAACUGAUGGCUAUGACGCAGCAGUAACAACAGCAGCUGCAGUUGAUGUUUUCAAAUGUUUAUAAAGGUGACAAUCAGCAGCAGCAAAUGCUCGAUUGCAAAAUACUGUUGGUUCCAUUCGCUAUGAUGGAGUCUUGAUUUUCCCGCGCUUGCUAAAUCACCUACUCCCGUUAAACGUAUUCAGCCCCAGUACUCACGUACGCGUCCUGAGCGCUCGCGUAAUGUUGCCAAAGCAGUCUAGAUGUACGUGUACUUAACAGAGAUAUUCUUAGUUAUGAGAGUUCUGUGUUUGUAAUAUAUACCACCAGUUCAUUGAUCAAAGAAUACUCUAACCGCAGUAAAUCAUACAUUUACUACAACGAGAUAUUCGUAAAGAGACGAGAGUUUUUUGACGACUUGAGAGUUCAGUAAGACAUAUACUUGACAAAAGAUAUUCUCACUUGAGAGUUCUUGAGAUUCACUGUGUUUAUCUCUACAGAUAAUGAUUUUUGCUCAUGGUUCUUCUCUCAUCUUCAGGAAGCAUGAUAAUUCUUUUCUUUUUUGACUUCGGGACUGCAAUGAAAGCGGAUGCUCAAACGUUUUAAAUCUGUUUGCUUUCAUGAUUCCACACUGCAUAUAUCAUCGGUUUAAUAUCGUUGGCUAUGAAGCAGCUUGAGCACGACAUAUCUUGAGACGAUUAAAAUAAAAAUAAUCUCGCAGAUGCUUUAACAUCCAACAGUUAAAACUGUUGCCGCUUGAAGGUAACCGUUAUGUUGCCUGUGUGACACUCUCGUCCCAUCCAUGAAAAGCGCCUAUUAACCGCAAUGUUUGUAGCCUUCGACCGCUAAAUAUUGAGGCUAACGUUGACAGCCGUAAAAUAAAUAGUCACAGACAUUAAACCCCAGUAUAUUUAAAUGUUCAAAUUUACUUGCGCUUGUAUUUUCCUAGCAUUAACUUUAUUCCAUCGUUCAUACAGAAACAAAAAAAUCAGUAAAGCCAAAGCCAGGAGCUUAUAAAGCCUGGAGUCAGAUUGAAAGAAAAGACUGUAUAGUGUACGCUACAUUACAAAUACUAAACAAGAUACAAAUCUAAGAUUAAAUAAGCUUACAUGCAUGUAGUCCCAUAAAAGAUACAAAACUAGUGACUAAUAAACUGAUUAUAAGAUAUAAAAAAGAGGACUGUAGGGUAAAUUACAAAAUUAAUACUGAAACAAGAUACAAAACGUAAGAUUAAGUAAGCUUACAGGCAUGUACUCCUAUUAAAGAUGCAAAAGUAGUGACAAAUCAGAUAAAGUAACAAUAUACCUAUCAGAAUCCUGCGCUAAUUCAGUUCAGGCUUAGCUUACAAGGUAAAGUUUAGGGUUCUUUUUAAAGAUAGUGUUAGUAAGGUUGUAACGCACAGUCAAGGGGAUAUCAUUCCAAAUAGUCGGGGCUUGAGAACUAACAGCAAAUUGAUACCUUAAGGGAAUUUUACGUAAGUUAAAACGAGAACGAAUUGAAAAUCAUGAAAAUCAAGAUUAAGGUGGAGGAGCGAGAAAAGAGACGAAGGUAAAAGGCGAUUGAAAUGUGAGAAUACAAAGCAAGAAAGAUGGAAUUUAUUGAAUGAAUGAAGAGAAUAUUAAGCUUAAUAUUAAGCUUAGAGGAAAGAGGCUUAGAACGUGUUCGUGGUGGAGAAAAGGUGAUAAUACGAAUGCUUUCUUUUGGAGUAGAUAAAGAGGUUCAAGGUAGGAGGCAUAUGUAGAUAACCAGAUGAGAUUACAAUAGUUGAUGCAAGGUGGUAAAGGAGAAUUACUUAAGGUUUUUAAAUUGAUCGAGGGUAAGAAUCGUCUCGAUUUAGAGAAAAUUCCUAUACCCUUAGCGACUUAUGACAGACGCUAGUGAUGUGGGGUUUCCAUGAAAUGUUUUCAUGAAUGAUAAUUCCAAGACAUUUAUCUCCCUGCACCAGUGCUAUAGGGGUGUGAUUUAUAAAGAUGUUUAAUUCUAAAGGAUUAAUCUUUUUACGCCGUGGAUGGAAGAUGAUAAAUUUAGACUUAUCAGGGUGAACAGUGAGCUUGUUUGCAUUAAACCAGGAGGAGACAUAAGAAAGCUCUUGAUUAAAAUGUCCUUGGAAACACCGAAAAAAACUAUGAAAAAAUAUGUUGCUAAGGCGCAAUCAUUUGUUGUAACAGAUAAAAGUUUCUUUGCCAACAUUGUGAAAGAUAUAUUAAAUAGAGCUUUUCAGUUUGUAGGUUUAGGUGAUAUGUCUGUAGGUAAAGUAGAAGAGGUAUCUAGCUCUAAGCCUUUUCAACUUAAGUGUUCACAUCAAUAUCACACCCAGGUGCAUCAUGCUAUGUUUGUGUCCAAAAAAAAUACACCGACUUACAUGUUUUUCUUCCCAAAGAGAGGUUUUGUACGUGAAUGGCAAAGAAAUAAUUAUAACUGGUUAUUUUAAUAUAAAUAUGCUGAUUGAAGAAAGUUCAAGGAAACAUCUCUUAGCGAAAUGCCUUAAAUGCAUGCAUUUUGACCAGCUGGUAACUGAUAUAACAAGACUGGUUAGUGGAUCUUGUUUGGAUCAUGUUUAUGCAAACAGGAGCAAGAACACUGUGGACGUGCUAGUGUAAAAUUAUGCUCUCUCAAACCACCUGCAAACCUUUUGCGGUGCGGAAAUAUUAUAAACUAUCAGAGAAAAAUAAGGAAGGGUACUGUACAAUUAAGUACCGAACAUAAAAGGUAUUGAUAACACAGCAGUUAGUUAAACUCUAGCCAACUCCUCUUGGGACACUGUGUUUGACGAUGACGGAAGAGAUGAAAUACUUGAAUCACCAAUCACUUUGUGCUGCGAGGGAGAUGUUCUUGGUUGUCAGUAUUCGCUGGGUUUAUUAAGCAUGUCUCGUUCUACGCGUAACUGUUGGGAUGCUAUGUUGCCGUGGCCCUCGACAAGUUUGGCUUCUUCUGCUGGAUCCUCUACAUCGACCGCUGCCCCGACAACAAUGUCCUUGCCUCCGUCGCUGGUUCAGCAGAUCGUGGAUGCGGUGAAGGCCUCAUUAGCGGCAGAAAAAGUGGCGGAUCAACCUCCUGUGGCCAGCAUUUUGGGUGAAUUACAGCCCAUAACCGCAUCCUCUACUGUGUAGGCUGUUGGGGGUGUUCCGAAGAUCUAAGUUCUCGCUCAUCACCGUUCGGCGCAAAUUCCACCUUUAUCAUGCCUUUGGAACAGCAGAGUACGAACUUUAUCCCUAACCCUCUUCUAGUUUUGCAUCGACCUUUUUGUCAUGGCCCCAGUUUUGCCCCGGUUCCCGCAAAACUCGUGGGCCAGAUCGUCCCUAGGAAGUUCGUCGAGUUAAGCGACUUGUUACAAGCCAACAUCGCUCAGUCGGAAUCAGAACCAAAGCUGGUCUUUGAUAGUCGUAUGAUCCUGACCAGCAAUCCCAAGCGAUCUCGCAAGAAAAUUGAUGACAUUGUCACUUGGAUGGAGGCUUUCUCCAUUGUUGCAAUCAUGCUCACUUCUUAUUGAGUCACUGAUGGUCAUUUGUUGUACAUGAUCUGUUUUAUUGAUUAUUAUUACUACUGCUAUUACUAAUUUUUAUUAUUUUCCUGUUCGAUGUCUGGUUUUCCUUUGUAGGCAGUUUUCCCUAACCCUGGCCGAGCUCUUAUCCUCGUUUCCGGGCAUUCUGCCUCCGGUCUAUGUGGUUACUCCAAUUCAUUUGGACGAAUUUGCACUGGACCUUGAGAACCACCCUAGCCAACCACAGUUGUCCUUCGUACUUAACGGUCUAAGCAAGGGGUUUGAGUGGGCUAUAACUAUCUGCGUAUCCUAAAUCUGCUUCUAGGAACAAGCCCUCCGCUUAUGCACAUCCAGAUAUCGUUGAUGCUUAUUUGGCAAACGAAGUCUCUAUUGGGACAGUGGUCGGGCCCUCCCAUUUGGUCGUCGAUCUGCACCAUACCUCUUUAAUUCUGUAGCAGACACGGUGGAAUGGAUAAUAAAAAAUUCGCACCAGAUCCAGGAUUUACUGCACUGCUUUGAUGACUUUAUCACAGUGGGUCCCCAUAAUUCUCCCCUGUGUGCUCAGUACCUUGGCAUCGUUAAACAAGUCUGUCACACUCUGGGCUUGCCUAUUCAUCCCUUUAAGUGUGUGGGGCCCUCUUCAUUGAUGGUGGUCCUGAGCAUUGAAUUAGAUUUGGUGGCUUAAAUUGCUAGGCUCCUCACCGAUACAUUGGAAGCAGCUGGUCAGCUAACUCAGCAGUGGCGUCCCAGGAAAUGGUGCAAUCCUAGACAACUUGAAUCACUGACCAGUCACCUUCAGCAUGCUGUCUAAUCUGGCCAAAUCUUGUGUCGGAUGAUAUAUUUGUUGUGCUGCUUUCGUAAGGAAGACUACCCCAUCCGCCUGAACUUACAGUUUUCCCUCGACGUUGAGUGGUGGCACACCUUCUUGUCUUCAUGGAAUGGUGUCAGUUCGUGGCUUUUUCCCGGUAUGUCUCCUCUUCCUGACAUCGAAGUCGUUUCAGAUGCAUCUAGGUCUUUAGGGUUCUCAGCACACUUCGAUGGCGCACGGUUCAGCAGUUCCCUGGCGGACCUGCUGAAACCUCAGUCUAUCACUUAUAGGAAAUAUUCCUAGUUGUUCUUGCAGCUCAAGUGUGGGGAGCUCAGUGGCCUCGACAGCACAUCUUGUUUCGUUGCGACAAUGAAGCGGAGAUGCACAUCCUAAAUUCUAGGACUUCCAAGGUCCCUGCUUUGAUGCAUUUGCUUCGAGAUUUGGUAUUGCCUGCAACCCGUUUCUCCUUCUCCUUUUCUGCCAAACAUGUGCCUGGAGUUCACAAUGAAAUUGCUGAUGCUCUGUCGUUUUCGUUGGCAGGUGUUCUGGCGCCUAGCACCUCAAGCAAACCCUCAGCCCACGCCACUCCCGCAGCUGCUCCAGGUUCAGUUAACCUCUCGACUUUGCAGGAACGAUGUGUCAGCUUCCUCCUUCAUGGGCUAGCCACCUCUACCUACAAAUUCUACGCGUCAGCUCAGAGAAAAUGUUACAAGUUCUGUGUCCAAGCUGGUAAGCUUCAGGCAAAUGGUUCUCCGUGCCCUGCGGAUGAAUGGACUCUGUGCCUUUCAGCCACCUUCCUGGCUGAUUCUCCAAGGGCGGCUUCCAUCAAGGUCUACUUGUCAGCUGUUCAUUCGCUCCACAUAGAAUAUGGAUUUCCUGACUCUUUCCUUAAUUUUCCUCGCCUGCAAAGAGUGGUGCGUGGUAUUAAGUGUCUCCAAGGCUCUGCCUCGUCUGAACAGCCCCCCCAUUACUGAUUCAAUUAUGUUGGUGAUUUUAUUCUUUUGAUCUUGCACUGCCUGAUCACUGCAUGUUUUGGGCUGCCUUUACUCUGGCUUAUUUUGGCUUCCUUCGAGCCUCAGAAUUCACGGUCCCUAGUGCCAACAGCUUCCCGCCUUCGGACCAUUUGACUCUUCAGGAUCUUGCUUUAGACUCUUUAUCUUCCCCACAGACCCUGCAUGUUCAGAUUAAGGCUUCUAAGACUGACCCUUUCCGAAAGGGAACUUCUAUUUAUAUUGGCCUUGGAAAGUAUCCUUUGUGCGCUAUUCGUGCCGUGGUGUCCUAUCUUACUGUAAGUGGGGAUGGCCCUAGCCCCCUUUUCCAGCUUCAGUCGGGUCAGCCUCUGUCUCGUCAACUUUUCUCUGUUAUUCUUAAGAGUAUCCAAUCAUUAACCUGUUGACAGAAAGAAUAAAACUGAAUUUACUUUUUAACUUUCAAAUCUGAAUUCAAAUUUCGCACUAAGCCUGGGUUAUCUUAACCCAGCUUUGAACAACCCGGCCUUGGUUAGCACCAAUCAGCCUUCAAACUACAGGGCCCUGAUGACACCACACCCCAGUUGCCUAUCAAUUCUCAUUCAUUUAGUCAUGUACGUUUAAUAUUUCAGUGUUAGUCACUUUUGUACGUUUAAUAUCAGUGAGAGUAUAGUAACGCUUGAUUUAUAAACACCAAAACGUCUUAACUGCAUUGACAAAGCAAUUUUACAACUGUGAAGAAAUACUGUACAACUCUCGUUAUAAUGGAUGAUUUACAUCACUGACUCAGUGAAUGAGCCAGUGGAACAUUGCAGUUUCUUUAGCCCUUUUAAUAUUGGUUAAAAAAACGUAUGGCAGAGGUUGUCUGCAUUUUGACACAACAGACACAGUCUUGAACUCCUGUAUUAACCUUUCACAAGAAUAAGGUAUGAUUUGAGGUAUCAUUAUUAUGCUUUUCUUAUCAUCAUCAUCAUUAUUAUUAUUUAAAACAAGGGUGCUAAAACAGUUCUUACACAGGUGCACCACGUUAGCCACUAUUUUAGGUAUAUCACUUAUAAUUAUUGGUCACGUUUUUGCAAUGAUUGUGUUUUGCAGCUUUUUGUGAAAAGGAUGAAGGUGGCAACAAAUGCAUGAAAAGAGGUCCUCCACAAGCUGGACGCCAACUUCAUGAGCGAUGAGGAAGAUGGAGAGGAUGACCAGUCAGGGCUGUGGACAGUGAGGUCUCCAGCUUGGAGUAGUAGAAGGUUUACGUACUUAAUCAACUCUCCCCAACAGAGAGUCGAAGCAAAGUCGUCAUCUUCUCAUUCAAGCAACCCAAGGGUCCAGGUAGAGCCUUCCGCCCGCCAACCACCCCCAAGUUCGCCUACAUGGGCUGUUUCAAUUAUUACGGAGCCAGAAGCAUCACCAGAAGCACCCGAAGAUCCUCCCUCACCACAGUCCCUCUCCCAAUAUUUUUCCCCAACGAGAUGGAAUGAUGAUGAUGGCGAUGAUGAUGGUGAAGAGGACUGGGCGGACGCCAGUCUCGAGAAAACGGCACCGGCAAUUGCUCGACUGAGUUGUAAUUUCAAUUUUUUGUUUCCUGAAUUUGUUUGAGAAAAAAAUGAAUGUUUUGGAUAAAAGAUUCAGGUUUUUGCAGUGUUAUAUUUUCUUUCACAAUUAUCUUUGAACUGUAUUAUCGUUUUCGUUUAACUUUUAUUGAGAGAGGUAUAAGAAUUAUCAUACCGUUUAGAAAACAUGUAAAAAAGCGAGCAAACGAGAUUUCUUUCAGUCAUAAAUUCAGAACAUUAUUUUUAUACUGUUAGUCUAAUUUACACAAAUGUUAAUGUUUGCCUAAGAGUUGUUCUAUAAAGACAUGUAAAUAAAUAUCUCUUGCGAUUCAAAACCUUUUUUUUUGGCUGAUGUGUAGGGCAAAUAACGUUGAAUACCCAUUGGGUAAGACAGGGUGGUUUAAAGAACGAGUGAAUGGUUCGAACAGUUUAGCAAUCAUCUCCAGUAAAAUACUAAUGCCGUUAAUAAUGUCCCUUAAACGUGCAACGUAAUUAAAGCCUGAAAAACAUAUAGUGAGAUAUCAGUGGAGGAACAACACGGGAUCCCUUUUUCAAUAUCGUGCAUCGAAAUUUAAAGUAACGCUGAAUUUAAUACAAUUUAAACGCCUUGGAAUAUUUGAGUUCCAUAGAGCUUCAUUGAAAAACUAAGCAUUGGAAAUUUCGUGAACCGUGGAAUUUCAGUGCUGUCAAAACGCCGGUAUUUCAUGUAUCGUGGAAUUUCAGUCAAGUGAAAACAGUGGAAUCUCCAUGUACCAUGGAAUUUCAUGGCAUUUUACGGCAUGGAAUCUUCAUAUUUCAUUAACAUUUUGAAGAUAAAUCAGAAUAACGCCAUCCGUAUCGUGGAAAUUAAUUGAAAGUGAAAAGCAAACCUUUGUUGUCGAGGGGUUGCUAUAAAACUUUUUCAUCGACGAUACUCCAUAAUACUCGGCAUGUCUAGAAAAAUAAGGACGUUUUCAGGACUUGACACGUGGCGUUUCAAUGACGUGUCCAGACACCGGAUAUUCCAUGCCGCGGAAGAAGUUCGAUUCAGGAAGAAUACGGGUCCUGAUACUCAAUGUACACGCUGCGUGUCCGGAACCCGAUAUCCCUCCACAUUUCCGUUGUUCAAAAGAAUACGGGUUCGUUUCAAUUGACAUCGGGACCAUGGCACAAGCUAUUUCACACAGUUUUGGUUACCAUGGUUACUUCCAAGGCAAUACUCCCCUUUUGCUCUUUUGGCCCUUCCACCUUUAAGGCACCAAGCUCCUCUUGUCAAUGAGUUUAAUUGUAUUUUUACCUCCCAGGCGCACUUUGCAGAAAGAAAUUUCAUCUCAAUUGCGUAUUUGCUCCUGUAUUUUUGUACUAAAACCACCAGAAAAUCGAUUGAUGUAGGUCUUUGUCAUGUUUGUGAACAAUCACCAGCGAGUCGCAUUGAAACUUUGUUUGUGUUUUUUAGCCUUUCCGGAAGCAAAAGGGUUUACAGGUCAAAAAGAUGCUAAAUCAUGACCUGUUCCGCCCUUUAUUGUCUUUUUGCUCUGUAGUGAUUUGUCUCGAAACAUUAGUAACUGUUGGCUCAAUUUUACUUUGUAUGCAUGUAAAGGAGAUGGAGUGGUCACACAAACAUGAUUUGGCGCUGUGCCUAGAAGCGUCAGUUAUGGAAACCUACCAACACACCUUUAGAAGCAAGGAAAGGGGAGAUGUAUGGUACCAGAUAUCUGUACACCUAAGUGGCCUUGAUCAUACAAAAUUCAAAGUCAAUAAAAGGUCCGCGAGAAACAGACUGACCAUGCUAAUUACCAAGCAUAAAGCGAAAAUGCGAAAAGAGGAAAAAGCCUCUGGAAUCACUUGCGAAGAGACCAAACUGGACCAAGCUCUAGAAGAGAUAAUUGACAAGAAGUUGGUCGACGAAAAAAGUUCCGAGGUAAAGAUGAUUGAACACGUCAUUCGUAUUUCCUUUGUUUACAUGGGAAAAUCGUCGUCAACAGCAGCGUGCGCUUCACUCUCGAAUUUGCCGUGAAUGACGUUCCUGAUCCAGUCAUUUCAAGGCGCAGUUCGUCGUUGUUGUCUCUUUCAUCGUCAAAGCUUAAGGUCCCUAUUAAUGCGCACAUUAAGACUUGCUGAAAGUGAUGCAACAGCUUGUAGACUACUGAAGAAAAUACACUGUCCCAAAUCCACUGGAUGUGUGUAUAUUCUUUUUUCUGUCCUCUCUCAGCACAGGAGAUGUGUAUCCCAUGCAAUUAUUCACGCUAAACACAAGCUGCAAGACAUUGUAGAUGAAAGGUUGCCACUGAAGGAGUUCAAGCAGAAUUUUGAAGCAGAGAAUAGACUUGCGACCCUAAAGCUUACACCAACGGCAUUUCAAUUCUAGCAACAAGAAAAGCUUCUACUUCGAUUGAUCAGCGUUUAAGCAGUGCCCUCCCAGUCCUUAGUGCGUUUGCAGUUUGAUGUUAUGAUGGUUCCACCUCCAGAAAGUGUGAACUUUAAGGAUUUUGGGCACACAUCGAGAAACUUGCUGAACGUUUCUACAAUGAGUCCAGUCUUCGUUGUUAAGUGAAGAAGCAAGGUUACCAAUGUAUUGGAUUCAAAAAGCAUAAAAAAUAUUGCCCAGACCACCUUUGCAAAAGCAAAAGCCCCCAUACUAAUUAAUAAGUGCUUCUGGAUUUUCUUUCUCUCCGUUUUACGGCUUGUAUUUUCCGAGCACUUUUCCUGCGCUCCUUGUAACAAAAAAGACUCUGAAAAACAAAUGGCUUCGAGAGGCAGUCCGUAGAUCAGAUGCUGACUGCUGCUUUACAUUUCCGUAUUUACUAGGCAUUUAUCCAAAAUUGUAAAAGAGAAUUAUGAAAUUUUCAAGCAUCCAAAUUUACUACAUUCUAGGAUUCUCCUAGUGAAUUAUGUGUCAAUUUUGCAUGCUUAUCACCACAACAAACACUGGUGCUUGUAUUAGGUACAAUUUCAGCACGUGUUAACGUGCGAUUACAUGAGCUCAUUUUAAUCCGAAGUUUUGUCAACCCCAUGCAUAAUGGCUUAAAGCCAGCUUAGCCCCUUCAAGUGUAUGAUAACGAUCCUUUCGAGGAGAAAGCAAAUCUAUAUCUUGCAAUACAAUUUAUUAUUAUUGGGCCACCUGGAGUCGGAAAGUCCCACGCAGCCAGGCAUCCCUGCCAAAUGCCUUUGAAAGAGAAACUUGAAGGGGAAGAUGAACAAAGUCUUCUGGACAUAUGAGCUAUAUUCAACUUCAUUACCGCCUCAUUGCCAAAAAGGCCACUAAAACAAAUUCAUGUUCGAAACUAAAAAGCAAAUAUUCACAGCAAUUGAUGUUCGACCAUUCCUUCCAAGAAUUCGGAGAACAGCAGCAAGCUUAAGACCCGACUCUUUUGCUGAUGUUCCAGUUGUGGAAGAACGCGACGGAAAAGAAGGCAAUGGAUUGCGAAGACGACGAAAUGGAAUCAAAAGAGAUCGAAGAUGAGUAAUAGAAUUCAGUGGCAUUGCUCUAAGCAGCUCUUCCAUUUGAAUGCAAGAUAUCACUAAGACCACCUAAAAGAACCCUAAAAUGAAGCCUUGGAUGUCGAUGAAGCGAAUAUAAAAGGAGUUUGGGUUACAGUUAGGGUUACCACCUGCUUGUCACAAAAAGCCACCAUAACAAAUUAAUGUUCGAAAUUAAAAAGCAACUAUUCACAGCAACUGAAGCUCAACCAUUCCUUCCAAGCAUUCAGAGAACUGCAGCAAGACUUGCUUGCACAGUCUUUAAUCCUGUGUGAUGCACCUACAAAUCUGAUGGCCCGUAGAGUAGUUGGAGAUGGAAACUACCUGUAUUAUGCUAUUUCUGUGUCACUUGUGGGAAAUACGGAAUACUGAACCAUUACGUAUUUUAAACCGUUGAGUCUUCGCACACCAUAUUCGUUUUUUUUUAACAAGCCCUUUUGACUGUUUUUCGCCCCAAAAGAAAUGCCACCAUGUCAACUAUCCAGAGUGAAGCGAUAGGAGGAUGCCAGUUAGGCAAAUGGUCAUCCUUGUUGUACAUUAUGGCCUUUGCAACGAUGACAAGGAGGCCAAUUUUUACCAUUUAUUCUAAAUGCCUGAGGCUAUCCGUUAUCUGUUACAAGGUAAGGUAAAACCACCUACUGGCAUGUCAAACAAGGUUGCUGAUUAAGAUUGUUUCUACAUUUUUGUUGUCAAAGGAUGGUGGAUUAGACACCCGCCCACAUUCACUUUAUGUCCAGAAUCACUUUGUUCCUCUUUUUGCAAAGAGGCAAGAAUAGGAUUUUGCUCACACAAAGAAAAUCUACUCGGUCUCCAAAAUUGAUGCAAUGCCUACCAAAACAACCGCCCGUCAUGAGAGAUCGCUCAACCGGGAAGACCUCUGGUUCAAAACAGUCGUUAACAAUCAAUUAAUUCAGUUUUCCUUGGUGACAGAAUGUACCUACCAGUACUCGAAAUUCAAUGAUGGAUUAUUUAAAUACAUUGAUAUUUGUAAGCUUUUAACAUUUUUUAGAUGUAGUUUAACAUGAGAGUGGCUCAUAACAAUUGUAUACUGGGCUAGACCUCUCAUGCUCUGGGCAAGUAAAGUAGCAAUACCAGCCAGCUCUUGACUAAAACGACUUCAGGAAAUUUGGAGAGCCCUGAUCAGGGAGUAUUUACGUUUUUUCCAUAAUUUUUUUCUGACAUGUAUCUUCCAAUGUUUCUUCUAAGGUUUCAUCUUUUUUUUCAUAUUGCACAUACUAAGAAUUCCUCACUUGUAACAUCAAGUUGUGCAGGAAUGUUUUUAUGUAUGUUAGAGUGGCUUUCUUCUCAGGUCUGUUUUAUGAUGACAUGUAGCCUAAUCACAGCCAUACAGCUAGAGCUGCUGAAUGACCAAACCACUCAAGAAUUUGUCAAGAGCUUAGUCACAGCCAGAAGGAAAAGGCCUCAAAAGGCAUGUUCUGAGAAUGGAAGGAAAUUUGUUGCUGUUGCAAGAUGGUUUUGAGGCAGUAGUAUCAAGGAUGAGAGCAUGCAGAUUACCUAUUCCAUCACUGCAUCUGAUGGCAGUUAAGACUUGGCAGGGUCCCUUGGUGGGGUGGUCAAUUCAAAAGUCUGGAAGAACUUGUGAGACACACCCUGUACAAGCCAAUUGGGGGAGCAAACCUGACCUGGACCAAACUAAAAAAGUACUUAUGGAGGUCAACAUUGGACAAAAUAAUUAAUGAUAGAUAGUUUAUUAAAAUAUCGAACAUGGCAGUCCGUAGACUGAAUUGCGUUACAAUUACUUAAAACUAAGAUUAAAUAAAUUCCAAAAAUAUAAAUACUAACUGAAAUUAUAACAAAAAACAUUUCUAUAAAAAUGCGAAAAACUCUCUCUAUAUAACUAUGUACAAACUAGUCUAAAAAAUUAUGUACACAUACUUGGAAUAUAAGUGUUCUUAAAACGAUUUGUAUGUGUACGGGGCAUGGCAUAAGCCCUGGACUGUCUUAGAUUAUGUCUGUGUUCUCUCUUAGGAGGUAAGACAGGCACAAGUUUGUGAUCCGGGCAUGACGUGAUAGACUCGAAAAGCUUGCUACACAGAGCCACGCGUCUAGCGUGCAAGGUUACUAAAUCGAACCUGACCAAACAUUCUUAAUAAUUAAAUCUUUAACUUACUUAUGUAGCAUAUCUGUUUCAUAAUCAGUAAAAGGAAAAAAAUUGAAACACCAAUUGAACUACUUCAAAACCUUCAAUGCCACUUUCCUUUGUCAGCCUUAACGAAUUCCCAAAACAAGUUAAAAAGUAUCAUACUUUGUAUUGUACAUAUUAUUGCAUCAGUGUAUCAAGAUAUGUACCGUAUUGUGAAUACUUAUUAAAGCACUAAGCAAUAUGCUGGGCCAGGAUAUCUUUACUUCAUACUGUUAAUGCAUCAACACGUAGAAAGCAGGUUUGUAAUCACAUUUCAUUUUAUAGCACAUAAUUUAUAUGUGUAUACCUCCUCUUUCUUUAUUCAUUAGUAUGCAGGGUUCUUUUGGCUACAUGGCGGCUGAACACAGCGCUCAGAUGUUACCUAUCAAAUUGACAUAAAUAUUUCUGUAGAAGGGAAAGAAUGAGACAGAGCAGACCACAUCACUGCUUUACCAGAGAGUCUAUGCCUUUGAACUAACAUCCAAACAGCCCAUGAAUAUUUUACCAAAGGCAGAAACACGCAGGCCCAACAGAAGCCUUAAGAAUAUGCCACACCAAUGGAUAAAGUUUGGGCAAGAUAGGACUUGCCAAAUUCCCCUUAUGCUCCAUUUUAAGGAGACCAGUUUAAAGCAAAGAUUGCCAAGGAGGCCACUUCAAUCCUAAAGUCUACAUUUAAAGUAGCUGGUCAAGCACAGGCUGAUAUAAAACCAAAGCCUGGGGGGGGACAAUGGGCAAGGACAAAAUUAGAAAAUUUGUGGCUGCUGUGGACAUUCGACACUUGCAACUAAACAAGGCUUCCUCAGGUGCCUUUUUUGUACAUUACAAUCAAGGACAUCAAAUUCCCAGAGGUGGAAGGCAUGUAAAGCCUAUGUGAUUUAGUAGUGUGGGAUAUGGUGCAGGCCUUUUUUUGCCUGUAAUUUCUUUGAUGUUGAAAUUAUACUGGAACGGAAUGCUGCAAACUGCACAUGAAUCCCAGGCCAUAUCUGAGAUUUUGGCUCUGGCAUUACUCAUGCUAUUUAACAGAUGUAAACUUUGUCUGCAUUUUUUUACACUUUAUCUCUUACUUUUUUCCUCACACUAUUAACUUAUUCACCCAUUUACAUGCUUAUUAGCCAACCAGCUAUAUUUGAGAAUAUAUAGCGUGAGUCCUAAGGAACUAUUGGAGUGUCACACUGUUACUUUUGUUAAUCCCAAAUCUUUUGCCACCAUCAAUCUCUUUCCAAGUCAUAGUUUAUCAUCAUACGCAGUGGAUUGAGUCCUUUAUUGCCCUCCUUGAUCAACAAAAACAGCAUCUUCAACUUUGCCUGCACCGAUCAGUCACCAGCAUUUGCCAAUUUUGACAUUGAAAAAUAAUUAUAGCUCUUUUAUUGGUUUUCCUUCAAAGAUACCGAUAGGUUUUGUUAAUUUGCAACUUCGCCGCUUCACCUGUGCAAAUCAAAUGCACAAAUAACAGCGGAAACCAAUUGUGGAAUUCCACACUCUUUAGGCAUCCUACAGAUGCACACGUAAAACUUAUCAAUAUUUUGACAACAAUUGCGUUUUGUCCCGUAUGAAAAUACUUACUACCAUCACAGCCAAUACCACCUUAAUGUCCUGCAUAUUCCAUUUCUCUCCUUCAGUGCCACAGCCAGAACUACCACUCAAAAACUGAGUUUCAAUACAACAAGAAUACAUAACCUACUUCAAAACUUUACGGACCACUACACAAUGCGCUUAAACAUGCAGGUAUGAUAAAUAUCACAUACCCCCACUCUUUGUUUCAAACUCGCCUCCAGUGUAUUAUUAUCAUCAUCAUCAUCAUCAUCAUCAUUAUUAUUACUUACUUACUUACUUAUGUAGUUUCGCUCUGUGUCCUUGAACAGCAGCUAUUUUUUCUUUUUGUGUUCAAAUUUUACCCCACUUCCCACAGCAAAAACGUAGCCAGGUCUAUCACAUCCCUUCAGUACUUACUUAAAUUUGCGCCCACGUUAGACGAAAUUCGGGGAUUUUGUAGUACAGUGAUCAAUUGCAGCACUGAAAUCUUUUAAAGAAAAUCUAUCAACAAAUUUUGGUUUAAUCGCUGUUUUCCUGAAAGUAGCCUUUGAAAUUACAAUACAUGUUUUCGUGUUUUUUGAAAUCGCGCAAGUCUACUUGCGUUUAGUCGGUUUUAGAGCGUAUGAGGGUCAUUUACAGAGCGAAUGAGCAAUAAAAACGUUUUAGAAAUAACCAAAAAGUAGCAAAUUUGUCUGCAUUCAGUCCAGUCUCAGUUCAUGCAUAAUUUAUGCCCUUUUUCAUAGAUUUUUGUGAAACUUCGCACAACACAAGGCAAGCACCCAAGGUGUACGUAGUGUCAAGCAUUUCUAAAGAAAAUGCCAAUAAGUUCUGCUAUUCGAUUUAGAGAUAAACCUAUUGUGACGUCAUUGUCACGUGAUAUUUAUUCCAAUCGCCCAAAAAAUAGUAUCAUAAUAAAGUUUAGUUUAUGUGUAAUACAUGUGUUAUAAUGGUUUUACAAUAAAUGUAAAUUUGUCUAAGAGAUUCAAAGAUGGAAGGGGCACUUACAAAAACACUGGGUAAAGCCACCUUAAUGUAUCGGUGGAACAACUAGUGGCCUGUGGUUUAAGCGAAAUUAGUUUGCAACUGGAAUUUCAACGUUUAACAAAAGAAAUGACACUUCAAAACACCAAAGGAAAUGACACAGGCACGGAAAUCUUAACCAUCUCUUCACACAGUGGUGGGAGCAUUGACAGUGUCAGAGUGAGACAGUGAAACCAACUCGAAAUGCGUUGAAAAGUAUGUAGAACUGACCUUGGCCAGAAGAUCUACAAAGCAAAGUAAGCAACUUGUAUUCAUAAUUUAAUGAUGUCAACUUGUUUGCACUCAAGCUUUUGUGAGCUUAUUCAAAGAGAAAUAUAGUAGUUCACAAGCCAGUGCACUUGCAGUUAAAAGACCACUCUUCUGGCUGUGAGAGAUCGCCUCAAUUAAGUUAAAUAAAAAUGCAAAUUUAUUCCUUCUUUGUAAUUAAAAGCUUAUACUGGAAUGAACCAAGUUCUUUUUCUUUGUCAUGGAAAGGUCAUUUUCUCGUUUAUAGUAUUAGGUAUACACGUAAUAAAAAGGUGAAUGUAAGCUAAGUUUUAAGUCAAAAAGUAUAAUUUUUUAAGCUAAGUUUUUCUAUUCUGUACCUUUGUGUCCCUUUACUACAGUUUUAACCUUAAUAUUGGAUAUUUAUAAUGCACAGAAGAAGACCUGUUCAAGAAAAACUUGUGCAGAAAUGGCUAGGGAACAACAUUCCAAUUUUCCGGAAAAAUGUAACAGCUUUAAAAAAGCUUGAGGAAUUGGUUGAAGAAUUAGCUGGGUCAUGCACUUAAGAACCUGCUGAAUCCAAUAAGCAAGGAAUAAGACAAAACAUUUUGAAUACCCUCAAGGUAACUAGCCUUUUGUUGGGUGGGGAGAUCUAAACACAGCCUUAAUAUAUCUUUCGCAAGUGGCUUGCUCGCAUCGUGCAAACUAUUUAUUAUACAGGUCAUGCACAGAGAUGCUUGGAUAGAUUUUUCAGAAAAAGGUUUGACGCCCAAAAUUUGUGAAGAGGAAAUGCAAGAUCGAGAAUAAUGACAAAGAAGAAAUACAGUUUCAAACACUACAGGCAUAUGAAAGGCAUAUGAAGAAGAAAGAACUUUCCACCAAGAAUCGGAAAAGGUAUUCACCUGGCUGCAGUUCGAUGAGUCUAAAAAAACAACGUUUUGCAGUGUUUAUGGUGAAUUCCCACCCUUGGAUGAUAAACUUUAUAAUUUGGUUAGUAAAAUUUAUUCCCACUAACCCGAGGGUUUGUUAUCCAAAAAAUAAAUUUCGAGCCCUGAAUAUUAGAAGUAUCACAAGAGGCCAGCUUGCCUUAACCAGCAAGACUAUAAAACUCCAACUGAAACCUUCUCUAACCAAACAUGGGUUGGGUUAUUGCUUCCAGUCGCCAACGGUCUCAUUACAGCAGGAUACAUAACAGUCAAGAAAGAAAGUGGUCUUAUCCUUAUGCAUGAGGACAUUAUUUCACAUAAAGGGUAUUUACUAACUAGAACCUCUAUGUCGUUUUUUGUCGCGUCACGGACUGGAGUAUAAUGUAAUUUGAGGGGCUUGAACCACCUGCAUUUCAUUAAACCAAGUGCUUUUGGACUGGCCAUGUUGUGUUGUUGACUUUGCAGUCUCUCCUUAAACUAAUUCACUCGCUUUUCUAACUGACAUUGAUGCUGAGUCCAGGAUAUGGAGGACCUACAACGCAAGGUAGCAUCAAGGAGAGGACACAGAGCGCAUUUGACCAAACUCCAAAACCAAAUGGAGGAUACAAUGGCCAGAGAGAUUGAUGUGGUACAAGGAGCAACAAAUGGUAUUUACAUGGGACAACUGGAACAAAAGCGUCAGAAGUUAUCUCAAUUGGACUCUGAAAUCGCUGACCUCAUUCAAAAACUGGUAGAUCUUGAGCAGGAAAUUCUAGAAUCCGAAGAGUUACAAUGUGCGAUCACGGGACAGAUUUGCCGAGUGAAAACAUUCCUCGAGAUCUCACAAACACAGCAACUGGUCGAACCUACAGAACAAAACAUACAACCCUCCAGUCGAAUCAUCACGACACAGUCGCCACAAUCUGCUGAAUGAGAAAGCAACUUUCCAUCACAAGGAGCAGCGCUGGACACAAGCAUGGUGAGUAUACAGGUUCAAAUUCAAGUACAGUUCAAAAUAUUAGCCCCCUUCACAAACUCAUCCUCACAACCUUUAAUGGAAACCCUCUCUACUGGCAAUCUUUCUGGGAUUCAUACCGAGCGGCGGUAGAUGACAAUCCUUCGUUAAGUGACAUUCAGAAGUUUAACUAUUUAAGGGCUCAAUUACUUGGGAAUGCUAUGAGAUCUAUUGCUGGAUUUCCACUAACCAAUGCUAACUACUAAAGAAGUAUCCAGAUAUUACGAGAGCAAUUUGGUCAACCCCACCGAAUUAUUAAUGCCCGUAUGGAAGCAAUGCUUAAUUUACUCAAUUGGUCAGCCUUCAGCAUUUUUAUGACACAUUGGAAACCCACAUACCUGGUCUUGAAGCGUUGGGGAAGUCACAAGAGUCAUAUGGAGAUACUUUAGUACCAAUCAUUCACAAAAAACUGCCCGUAGAGUUAAAGAAAAGCCUUGCUAGAGAUCAUAGUAACAAGGAGUGGGCAUUAUAUGAGCUUAAAGAAGUAGAGAUACUCAAAGCAGGUCGAAGUAACUCAGAUCUUCCCGAACUUCCCAAUAACCAUAGUUAACUGGGAAAUUCCUGUUGUCAACAGGUGAUCACAUUGCGCAUGCGCGUUCAAGCCAUUACCACAUAGUUUUGCCCUUGUGGCUUGCUUGGAGUUGCCUUGUUGCUGUUUGCCUUUUGUUAGUCUGUUUGGCUUCGAUUCGCCGGAUUAUUACUGGGCUAGUUUGGUUUUUUGAGGUCAGCAGAAUUCACCGUCCCCAGCCUUUCAGCUUUUAACCCUAGCCAUCAUUUAUCUGUGCGUGAUAUCGCUGUGGAUGUUCCUCUUAAUCCGUCUUGCCUCCAAAUCUGCAUCAAAGCUUCUAAAACUGACUCGUUCCGGAAAGGGCGCAACAUUUUGAUUUGGCCUGGUUCUCCUCCUUUGUGCGCAGUUCAACCAGUUGUCUCCUUCCUUGAGCGUCGGGGUAACUGUCCUGGCCCCCUGUUUCUUUUCAAAAAUGGCCUUCCUUCGUCUCGCUCUUUACUUACAGACAGAUUAAGAGCUAUUCUUCUCAAUGCUGGUCUUGCCUGACGAUUUUUCAAGUCACAGUUUCCGAAAUGGGGCACCACUUCUGCUGCAAGGGCUGGUAUUCCGGAUCACCUUAUCCAAGUUUUCGGCCACUGGAAAAGCAAUGCUUACAAACAACAUAUUCAAACUCCUCCCGACCUCAUAACUCGCGCUGCCAAAUCAAUGGUGGAUUAGUUUGGUGAGUGUACUUUUAUUUAGUGUUGCUAACUGCCUUUUUUUGGCCACUACUAGCGUUGUGGUAGCAUCUAUUUGCCUUUGCCAGUUGGAAGCCUUGGUUUCUUUAGCUAUUACCUAUUGCCCUUCCUGCCAACUCGCGUUUCCUGGCCACCUUACCUUGCCUGGAAGGUAGUGCCUCGUGCUAAGAGAGUCUUUGUUUGGAGGGUCGGGCCUCGUGGCACGGCUGUUUCGCAAUGCAAAUUUAUUUUACACAUGUGGUCUAGCAGAACCAUCUGGUUAAUUAUUACAUUCUCAAGUUAAUACCGAAUUAAAACACGCACAUAUUUUAGCGUCCAUGAUAACCUGAGGGCCUCUACCUGUUUUAACCCAUGAAAUCUCAUCAUUUAUGUAAUGUAUGCAUGCGAAAUUUAUCAGUGCGGACCUUUGGAGAUCGACAGAGCAGUUUUUGUCGAAAAUUUGAGGAAAAAUAAUCAAAUUGUGGUCUUUUUCGACAAGAUCGCGUCGCCACGGUGGACUAAGCUAUACCGGCGUGAAUAUCUACACAAAUGUUUUAUUCCAAAUUACCAAGGCCCCGAAUUUUAUUCAACAUCACAAGAGUAGAGGAAGAAGAUGUGAAACCUUCCUCAAGAAUGUACGGAGGUAAGUGAUUUAAUCCGAAUUGUUUGAACACUCAUUUCAGGCGUUUUUAAUAUAUGAAGAUCAGCCGCGACUGAGUCCAUUUUGAAUUUCUGAGAUAAUGAGCUUCGAACAGUUUACACAAAAGACGCAGUUUGAGUUUUAAACAGUGGCAUUUAUAUAAUAAACAAAUUUAUAAAAUUUGGCAGUUACGUUACUUGUACACUUCGAGGCCUUCUGAUCCAGAUGCAGAGUAUUAGAUUGCGAAGUUCGGACAUGCCCAAAAGCAAAAUAUUGAGAGAUUUUUGGGGUUUACAAGUGACACAGCAGUCUUGACUUUUCCCCUCUUUUUUCGCUCUCCUUGCCUCACUUUUUCUCUCUUGCUGGGCGUUUAGUAGGUUUCAUUUUGGUGGGAAACGUUCUAAGGAAAGCUUUUAGGAUUUUAGGAUUAGAUGAAAGGAAAGGUAGCUGGGUAGUGGAGAAAGAUUUUCAUAGAAAUUUUCAGGUCAAUGUUACAGGGUUUUUUUGCCUUUUCCACCAGUGUCAUUUACCGAAUUGUGCUCAUUCUGGUUAUCCUUGACCAUUAAAACUGAAAACAUUACAAGCGGUUGAAAGGACGUGGAUCCGCACUGGCGGUUACGGGAGGCUCAGGGGCAAAUGGGUUAAGGCCUGCUACUCACCGUAAUAUUUAUGUUGCUGACUUUAGAAGUGUUCUGCUGGUACCGCACAGCCAAGAAAAUAGUUCAAAGUUCACGUAUCCCGCACAAAACUGAAACAACAACAGAAUAGCUCUUAAAUGGUCAAAACCUAAACAGUUAAACCUUCCACGCAAUACAUUCUGGGAAAUCAGUGUUCAAAUUGGGCAAGACAAAAAAAAUGUUAAACACAACUCACUCCUCACGGGAGAUAUGAACUCAAUAAAUUGACCUCGCUCCCAAUGUGUGGCUUCAUAGCUCAGUUGGUAGAGCAACGCACCGGUAACGCGGAGGUCACGGGUUCGAAUCCCGUUGAAGCCCUGAUUUUUUUUCAGGCUUCUUCUUUCCAAUUGCUUAAAUUGGAAAAUUUACUGCGACUUUCAUCUUCAACCGCAGUUUAAAUAUGAAUUAUUUCAUAUACAUCCCAUCAUUUCACUCCUCACGGGGGAUAUGAACUCAAUAAAUUGACCUCGCUCCCAAUGUGUGGCUUCAUAGCUCAGUUGGUAGAGCAACGCACCGGCAACGCGGAGGUCACGGGUUCGAAUCCCGUUGAAGCCCUGAUUUUUUUCAGGCUUCUUCUUUCCAAUUGCUUAAAUUGGAAAAUUUACUGCGAUGAUCAUUGUUCACUUUUAUCUACAACCGCAAUUCAAUUAUGAAUUAUUUCAUAUACUUCACAUCACAAUCAAGACAAUAAUACAUGGUCUUAAAUAAAUAUUUGGUAACAAUCAUACAUGUGCAAAACCACAAACUUUGAUUUCAAUGCAACCUCAAUGCCUUGUAAACUCACCAUGAUAUUUAUGUUGCUCACUUAGAAGUGUUCUGUUGGUACCGCACAACCAGGACAAUGGUUCAAAGAUCAGCACGUCUGCUUUUCGCAGAAUUUCCCACUUGCGAUAGAGAGAGAUUCCGCACACGCUGGUUCAACAAUCGAGGACUGUAUGCUUUCGUACAAAUCUGACUUUAUUCUUCACAAUCCAACAUUACACGUUCCGUUCUACGAUCAAUUUCAAUCUAACUAAAUUCUAAAAAAUGCUGCGUAUAUUAAUUCCGGCGUGGUCACAAUAAAAACGCGGUCCGUUUAACACCCAGAUGCGUAAUUCCGGCGUGGUACUAGAGUAACAAUAAUCAAAUGUGGUCCUAGAUAAAAUUUCAGUUUUGCUCACGUUUAACAUCGAUUCGUGGUAAACACUUGAAAAUUUCAACUAAUACCCAUAUAUUAAGUACCCCCGGGGUGGGUUUACUUGACAAUCAUGGUGCUAAUCCUUAUGUGCGGUUAAGCUAGUAAUACCCGAUUAAAUACAACAUUGAUUAAUUCUAAUUAUCUUAUCCCACGAUAUUUCCUGUUACAAUCUAAACAUCUGUUUUAGCGGUGGCGAGAUAAUGGCUUACUUUAUCAACUACUGAAAAUUCAAUGAAAUAAGAAAAUACAAUCAUAAGCAUCCUAACGUUUCACAACACUGCUGCACAAAUCUGAAACAACAAGAGAACAGCUCUUAUUGUAUUAAUUUUAUCAUAUAUUAAACAUUUGAACCUUUUGGGCAAAUCAGUGUUUAAAUUUUGCAAGACAACAAACAUUUUACACACAAUCAAGACAAUAAUACAAGACCAUGUAUUUGGUAACAAUCAUACAUGUGCAAAACCACAAACUUUGAUUUCAAUGCAACCUCAAUACCUUGUAAACAUAACCUGUCCUUGCACUUUAAGGUUUGCUACUCAAUGUGAUAUUUAUGUUGCUCACUUAGAAGUGUUCUGCUGGUACAGCACAGCCAGGGCAAUAGUUCAAAGAUCAGCACGAGUGCUGCACAAAUCUGAAACAUCAACAGAACAGCUCUUACUGUAUUAAAUGGCCAUAUACUAGAAAUACACGUAUCGCAGAACCUGGCAAAGCUCCGGGGGAGGCCCAUAAAAUGUCAGGGAUGGAAGGGGAAAGAGAAUUGGAUUAAAUUGUGUAACUUGGGAUGGUGGUUUUCAGCACUGGUUCUGAUAUUGGAAGGUGAGAUGUACAUAAUCUCCUUUUGGUUGGAGUAAAUUGGAACCCAGUACUCUGUCAUUAAAAAGGAUUUUCUGGGAUUUAAAUGGGCUUGGUGUUGUUAACGAAGGGUAGUCAAUGUUUCAUGGGUCCCGUGUUCACCCCAUUUGACUCUCCUGCAUUUGUAGUUACCGGUAUAGUCAACGACAAUGGGUGUGAUAGUGAAUCACUGCAGGCGAAUAUGCAGCUAACCCAUGCUAUCUUUAAUGUGUAAUAAUAAUGACAUGUGAGUAGAUGAAAUGGUAGGAGAUAAUGCUGCAGUGAAAAUAACAAGUAAAUUCUGGUAAUUGGAGACAAAAAUAUUUAUUGUUAAGUGAACUACAGCAAGAGAGUGUUUGCACUUGUUGUAGUACAUAUUACACUUGACAACUAAUUGUUUGUAACAGUAAAGUGCAAAUUAACAUAAUCACUUACACUAAAAUACAUAUACCAAUGUGAUAUUUUUCUUAUUUCACCCCGAUUUUUGCCUUUUUCUCCCACUGUGGAGCCUGCUCCCAGGAUGUGUCAUUAAGGAUGCAAUUGAGGAGAAUUAUGAAAAUGAUCAUGACUCAUGAUUAUUGAAUAUGUGGUACCCUCAUUAGCUCUGAAUUAUCCCUGUAAAAGAUACUGAAUCAUUUAUGGAAGUGUUUAUAGUUAGUUGUGUACAUGCAUGAGAAACAAAUACUCAUGCAAGAGUGAAUUUGUAUGAAAUGUCCACAUACAAGAAAUGUUGACGGUGAUCAGUAUUUCAAUUCUCAACAUGCAUGGGCUUGUUGAGACAUGGGCGCCAGAGGCAUAGUUUUUUAAAUUCCUAGACUGACAGUCAAAUGUACACUUUCCCUGACCAAAUGAAUUGACAAUUUGUCCAGAUAUUAAUGGAUUCCAAAUUCCAGUCAAAACUUCGUGUACUGGACACACAUGAUGUAAAAGAAAAGACUUCUUUGUUUUCUGUUCAGGGAAAAUCCGCUUGGUAUUGUUUCAUGGUUUUGUGUUCUUUUGUUUCGUGUCAUCUGUGUCCAGUACACAAAAUAACCACAAAUAACUCCCACCACAACCAUCCUCUCCACUUAUUCAUUACAUGAAUUUAUCAUAAAGUGCAGAAUGGAUUGAUCUUAUAGGAAACCCAUAUCCACUUGUCGUUUAAUUUCUUAAAACAAUAUUCUUCCAAUGGAACAUGUUUAACUUCGGUGAAUAUGCAGGAAUAUGUCACCUCCCACUGACUUCUUUGAAAGAGUUAAAUUUUCCCUGACUUGUACUGAAAUUCCCUGACUAGUUAAAUUGUCCCUUACCGGGAAAAGAAUUAAUUUUCCUGGCAUGGUUGUGAGUAGACCUGAAAUACAGAUGUUGUUUUCGAACAUCAAAUAGGACUGAAAAUAUGAGGUCAGCAAUUAAAUAAAUUUUUGUUAUGCUUGACUUAGAAGACACAGCUGUGUUUAUGUAUAAGGCUGCUAUACAAAGAUAAUAUAUUUUCUUUGGGAUGGUUUUGAUGUUGCCUGGAAACAAAAAAUGCUCCAUGACAUAAUGCUACAUGACGUCAUUGGCGGACACCAAGCAUAUAUUCAUAGAAAGAUACAUAGAAAUAUGGGGAAUCCAAUUUUGCAGCUGACUUAGACCACACGAGGUAAACGCGAUUCGCGGUCUCAUGGGAAGGGAAGAAGGAAAAAUAGCGGUCUUCCCUUCCUAUAAGGCCCCGCGCGCGCCUAAACGUAAUCUCCAAUCUUCUCUCAUCCCAAAAAACACUUAAAUAGCGACUGGAUACGAGUCUGCGUGCACGGUACUCGAGACUUGCUAUUCACUUGGUAUAUCGUGCACCAGAAGAGACAGAAGAGUAGCGCCAAUAACAUUUUACUAACCGCUGCUUGAAGAACUAAACGUUCUUCUAGCCAAGCAAUGCACAAAAGCACUUAAGUCAAACUACGCUGCAGAAGGAGGUAAAGCAAGCUUGCAGUCACCGACUUAUGUGCACUCAGGCCUUCUGACAAUAUCACACAGAAGACGAGGCUAGCCUGGCUUCGCAAAAAGCGUAGUGCUACCAGACACCACCCUAUCGUAAAAUCGACAAAACGGUUAAAAUGUAAAUAACAGUUGUUAAAGUAUAAAUACCUCAUAAAGAGUUGUGUCUGUUUUGUUUUCUUACUGUUUUCUGCCCUAUAGUGUAAACGCCAAGAGUUAAAAUGUUUUGGUUUCUUGAAGAGGAUCAGAUUAGGGACAACUCGGCUGUCCUACGCUGUCCGAAAAAAGCUACAAAAAUUACCAUCAUUUCGCUCCAAUCGCUCCCAAACUUCGCCUGAGCAUAGACCGAAGAUUUUCCUUCUAUGAAAGUGUAAAUUUAGUAAGUUUCAAGAAUCGAGCUAUGGUCUCAACAGGACGAGAUUGAACUCAGCGCGUUCGUUGUCGUUCCUCGUGGCUUAGCAGCCACGCUGCACGUUCGCAGGGGUGCCAGGGUGUCCAGGGCCUAGGAACGCUCAUUUUACAAAUUAGUGGCGGGAAAAAUAAGGGAAAAACAUGCGCGUUUGAACGUGCCUCUUAGCCCUGAGCAACGCCAUCGGUAGUUCACUACAAAGAGGAGCGGUUCAACGGAAGCGCUAAAAGUUCAAAUUAGCUAUAUUUCUAAGGAAAAUCUUCGGCCUAUGCUCAAGCGAAGUUUGGGAGCGAUGGGGAGUGGAAUGGAUAUUGAAGGUAAUUUUUGUAGCUUUUUUUAUUCGGUCAGCGUAGGACAACCGAGAUUUCCCUUGUCUUCUUAUUAGUGGGUGGGAAACCAAAACAUUAAAUUUAAAACUUACUAAACUUGCGUUUAUCAGGAGCCCAUGCGUUUAUAGAGCAGGAAACAGUACGGUCAAGAGAGGAUGAUCUCUAGGUACGGUAUAUACACUUUAAAAGCUGUUUAUGUACAUUUAAUAUACAUGAAAAAAAUUCUUGAUUGUGAUUGGCUAAGAGAAAUGCAGUUUUUUGGUAACACGGCGCAGGAAUUGAAAAGGUAAUAUAUAUAUUAGUGCAAAAAAGAAUAACAAACUUGAUAUUCUGAUUGGUUAGUAAACAAAGGAACUCACUGAGAGCCAAUCAAAUGCGCCAUCUGAAAGGCGUUAAAUAGACCAGUUUCGAGCAAAAAUCGCAAUGUAAUGGCUGGUGUUUGUAGCACAUGUAUGUCCUUUUGCCACCGAAACAACUAUAGAGGGGCUGAAAACUGCUCUAAAAACGAAAACACUGCGAAAAGCACUGGUUUUUGGCUCUCUGUUUGGAGAAAGUGGUGCGUAGAGAAGGAACUUACUGAUGAAAUAGAAAAUUAUUAUGAGCCAGCUGAGCUUAACACUUUGCUCGAACAUUUCUACGCCGAAGUAAACAAUAAAAAAGGCGAAGAUUAUGAACCAGAAAGACUUAAGGUAAUGAUGGCAUCGCUUCAUAGACACUUAAAGAACAAAGGCUGCACCCUGUCCAUAGUGCGUAACCGAGAAUUUAGUUCGUUCAAACAGGUGUUGGAGGACAAAGCGAAACAGCUUCGCUUGGCUGGCCGUGGUAAAAAGAUGGGAUAAAGGGUCAUCACGCUUACAAAGAUUUAUUUAGCGAGAGCCAGAAAAUGCCAAAGACAGGCACACUGGGGCAUUAACAGAGGGAAAUGGACGUAUUGUACAUGUCGAACGGGUGUCGGACACAUUCCACUUGGACAACCACAGGGGACUGGAACUUAUCAGCACCGAGUACCGAAACUGCUAAGCAGUCGUUGACAAUAAAAAGCGAGGGCUUGAGCUUUCCCAAAGAGCCGGGAAGAAAAAAGGACAAGCUCAAGUGAAGAAGUCUCCUUCCUUUUUACGCCCCGCCGCCAGAGCGCCCCGGAGAGCUUGCUCGGAGGCUAGUGAGUACAGCGUGUCUGCUUUAUCGAGAGUUAAAAGUCAAACAAUAAAAUUGCCACUUUGGUACCAAGAAAGUGGCCGUAAUUCCGUAAUAGCUACCGUCUGAUAUAGCGGGAGUUAUUUCCAGUCAAACCCCAAAAGCUUUCGCCCCGGAUCUGGAUUUUGUCCCUAACAGCGAGGUUCCGCUGAGAGCUGGGUGACCACAUGCCAGGCGAGAGUUGACUGUAACUUGCACCCCAAUAUACUGCCAAACGUAGGGAAUGAACUUAAAGUGCUUGAACUGAUCAAUCACAUAGAGACAGGUAGGGGAGAGAGUUGAUACCUCGAGAUGAUUAAAUAACUUAAAUGUGGUCACCAGCAACAGACUUCACUCGCAAUUAAAAACAGGCUGUCUUAGUUAUUUGGUAGUACAGCAAUGAAUGUUUUGAAGCCAGCAGUGGUUGUAAGUAUCCUCUGCUCAUUCUUCCAACAAAUCCGUUGCCUGGAUAAUGGACUUGCAAUUACUCCCCCGAGUAAGUAUAAUGCAACAACGGUGAAAUGAUACAUUUAUGUUUCACCGGCCUGUAAAUAAACGUCAUUAGCCCGCCGCUUUCGAUUUGAAAGAAGCGGAUCCAAAUCUGAAUUAUAUUCACUCUGAUUCCCGAAAGCGAUGCCAAUCAAACAAGGCGGAUGAUUACAGAGUUUAUUUGGAGGAAAUAACCAAAAACUAUCCUGAACAUACUUCGUGCGACUUGUCAUACUUCACGGUUCCUGUUUAGAAACAAACUGAAAACAUUGUCAUUCCUUAGAAUUCUAAAUGAAAGGUUUUGAUAAUGCUUUCAGAUGAAAUACCUGCAGAAUCGGACAGUUAGAAUCCUCUGAUAAAGAAGUAGGAAAGUAUCGAUCUCAUAUUAUAUUAUCCUGAUUAUCCACACAUUUGUUUCUUUGUGCCAACGGCAAAAAUUGGUCAUUGUAGGUCGAAAUAUUUUCUAGAAUACGUACUGAUCCCCGAAAUACUGUUUUAUUAGAUUAUUGGGAUCAGUAAAUCACUGAAAGCUUGCCCGACUUUCUACCUUCUAUCAUUUUUGUGCCUUCUCAAGAGAGAAUGACUAUCUCGGUCUCCUUGUUUUCAUGCCAAAGCUAGUGUUUGUGUAUUCAUGAUUUAUUUAAAGAGUCUUAGUAAAGUUUGCUUAUGAGACGGGUUUGGUACCUGUUCAAACAAUAGUUGAACAAUAUAAGCUAAAAGAUCAGACGUUGAUCUCCAAUAUGGUCUUGAGAUGUCCACUAGCGUUGAUUUUCUUUGAUCGAUUUUACUGACGUUUUACUGCUUACACACGCCAAGUUUAAUUCAUCUACCUCUUUUUUACUUGUUCUCGUGUAAUCCGAAUUUAUUAGUAUAUUAAUGAUGGUAAACGGACUGAAGGCAUUAUGUCCAAUUCCUCCGGUCUGACUUGCGUUGCAGGAGUUUUGCUUUCGGCUUCAAUGGGCCAUUUGCACGAUUACAUCAAUACGCAUCAUUUCCGAGCACCAAAAACCCUAAUAGGCCAUUUGCACGAUGAUAUCAUUUACUACUACGACCAGAAUCCUUCAGGGUUUUCCUUUCUUAUGCAAAUUACGGCUUUUGUCAUUUAAAUGUCGCUAGGAUUACCAAAUUUAAAUAUGAAAAGAGAAACGAAAAGGAUUCUGGUCGUAGUAGUGAAAUGACACCAUCGUGCAAAUGGCCUAUUAGGGUUUUUGGUGCUCGGAAAUGAUGUGUAUUGUCCUAUUACUUUGUGUUGAAAUCAGGGCUGCCGGUAGCCAAUCAGAUUAUUGAGUUUUGUAAUUAGUUGUGAGUAUUUGACUAAAUCUUCGCCCCACCCCACCUCGCCCCUAUUUAUUUAAUUACAGUGGGAUGGAUGUCAUGGGAGAGAUUUCGUUGCGUCAUUGAUUGCGAGAAGGAUCCUCGAAACUGUAUCAGGUACACUUGUUUAUCAUUGGCAGUCUUAACAUCAGUGAUUAAAAAAUUAAAACGACCAGGCUAGUGAAUAAUUGCCUAAGGACAAAUUGCCUCAAAAACUGCAGGGUCGCCGAGAUCUGCCGCGCAUCACGGCUAAGUUCUGAAGGCAAGGUCUCGAAAAAAAAGGAUGAUACACUUUGCGUCAAAUAACGGUGUAAUAUGGUUAAUGAGCUUGAAGUAUACGUGAACCUGCAAGAGUAAUAAAAAGGGAUAUCUUUCAUCAGAUUAUUAUAUGUCGAUAAAGAUGCGUUUUCUCCUUGAAAUGAAAGGCUAUCAUACUGACAUGGAAGGCGCUAUUUGCGUUUGAGGGGGCCCAUAGGGUAAUCACUGGGAAAAGAAAAUUUCCCCAAACGUACAUGUUACAAAUCAGAAAGGAAAAAUCGGCGCGUCAUUUUUGAUUUUUUAUGUCACAAACAAACGUUGUCCUAUGAGUCAAGUUGUGCGUAUACAUGAGUGUGCACGAUAGGCCUUAUACGAUAGGGAUGCACACCGUGAAAACUGAAGAAGGUGUUUGUUUUUAUCCAACAUAAAUCCAUUGUUAUUUAUUACAUUCGAAGAUUCUUCUAGUUUUCAUAUUCGGCCCUGUGACUGACACAUACCUUAACUGUUUUUCAGUGAAAGGCUCUACAUGGAAAUGGCUGAUGUGAUGUAUGUCGGUGGAUACAGAGAUGCUGGGUAUCAGUACGUUUGCAUUGAUGUAGGUAUCUCCACCAGUAAACUGCAAUGAUGUGUACCUUAAACCAGAGGCCAAUAAGGUAAUCCUGCUGCAUUGUAGAUUCAACUAGAUCCGUUUUAGCUCCGAACUCAGCAAGCGAAAUACAUUACAUCAUUAGGGUCCAAUUUGGCUAUCUUAAUUGGGGAAAAUAGAGCUGAUUUGAAACCGCAGAUUGAAAUGAGAGCCAUAUUUCCUUUACAAGGCUGGGAAGGGGAAGCUUCAUCUGACCCGAAGUUUGGCCGCCUGAAAUGGAAGUUUAGGGUGGAAACAGAUUUGGGUAGAAUGGAGAUACGACGUUGCGGAGUCUGAUAGAAUGAAUAGUUGAUAAAUAGCUCCCACACCCACAACUGGUGAACGUGAGCUGUAUUGUCAGCCCUGCCUUUGGUGAUUGUUCCUUCGACUUGGUCCAAUAAUGGUUCGUGUUUAUUGUCUGAUCUAUUUGAACGUUUUCAAAUGUGAUAGACGAUGAGUGUCAAACUGGUUUGAUGUAUAUGUGGCUUUUCAAUAAGUACACAUUCACGUAUAAAGCACCACUGACACCUGCUGGGUUAGUUUGCCGUCACUCAGAGCACCACUUUGAGAAGAUCUAGUAUAGGGUGGGGAAAGUACUUGUCUUUCUGAAACACAUGUUUCUGUUUGUAGCCCUUGGCGCUUGGUGGAAUUUACUCUAAUAAACAGUGGCAGUUAUUUGAUGUUUUGACUGACAUGAGAUACAUAGACGAGCCUAACGGAGUGUUGACAACCGUGGACCUGCAGUUUGGAUCUAGUUAGUUCUUGUCUUUUUUCUCGUAGGACUGCUGGGCAGCAAUGAAUCGUACAAAAGACGGUAGUCUACAGGCUGACCCCAAAAGAUUUCCAAGUGGAAUUAAAAAAUUGGCAGAUUAUGUAAGUAAGCCAAUUUACCGUGGUUUCAUUAUUUUGUUUAGGGCCUGUUUAGCACAUUUGUAGUCCCCCCCCGAAAGUGCAAGCAACAAGCACAGAAUGAGUAGAGUGCUCGAUACCUUUUGUUAGGAAAAGCUAAUAAUUUUAAUUAACAUAGUACUACAUCUGCGGCUUACGCUUAGAUUGCGUGGAAUGAAUAAACCAGGCCUUACCAACGGUAGCCUUUGUCGACAUUUUAGUUGAUAUUGGCAUCAACGUAGACAUGAAACUAGACUGCAAAACAGUCCGUAUUUUUGCGCAUUCAAGUACGCGCAAACAGUCAAACUAAAGGUCUGGAGCGAGGAUGAAGACAGAGAGCGAGACUGCUCGGGCGCAUCGCGCGUGUAAGACCCUCACGCUAUGCUAAACCGAUUUUGAGAACAAACCGACUGUUUUGCAGUCUUUUAAGCGUCAUGAAUUUUUGCAGGUUCACGCCAGAGGACUCAAACUGGGUAUUUAUGCAGGUAAUAAAGACUUAUCAUCCACUUGAAAAUUUUCGACUGAGAAUUACACGAGUUAAUUGUUUUUUUUUUUGUUCAAAACUGGGCUAUUUUCUCCAACGAUGUCAUUUUACAAUUUCUGCAGAUUACGGAACCAAAACAUGUGCAGGAUACCCUGGAAGUAUAAAUCAUGUAGACAAGGAUGCACAGGUUUCUACUUUCUUAAUAAAAAAAGUUUUAAAUUAUGUCUCUCGUUCAUAAUAAAUGGUGACAAUUUAGAUUAAGAUUUUAACCGCCGCCCGGUUAGCUCAGUUGGGAGAGAGCCGGUCUGCUGAGCGGGAGGCCGUAGGUUCAAACCCCGGCCGGACCAACACUCAGGGUCUUAAAAUAACUGAGGAGAAAGUGCUGCCUUUGUAAUAACUUCUGCAAAUGGUUAGACUUUCUUGUCUUCUCGGAUAAGAACGAUAAACCGUAGGCCCCGUCUCACAAGCCCUUGCACAUGUAAUAAAUCUGUGGAACGUUAAAAGAACCCACAUACUCUUCGUAAAGAGUAGGGCACGUAGUGCCCGGUGUAGUGGUCUAUCUCACUUUCACACUCAUUUAUGGGGGCAUCAUCACUCAUUCCUUCAGUACUUGUAAACUGCACCUUAAGCAGUCUGGCAAAGUCCCCCAACCAGUGUUGUAAAUUAUCCCUGAAAAGCCCUGUGGGGAGUGGAUAAUAAGAUAUUUAUAAUUUACAAUUUACUAUGGGGUAACCUCAACACUAACUCUUUUGUUUCUCAAGGGGGAUGUCGGUUACCAAUUCCCGACUCCAAGAAGAAACGUGGACCUUUUGUAGUCUUGCCCCCUUGGCCAUCGGCACGUAAGGCCUGUUUCAAACGUCGUGCUACGGCAGUGCUAAGCUGGCUCGACUGCAGCUCGACUGCAGCACGACAUUAGCACGAGUUGGUUUCAGACGUCGAAUUUAAUUCAGUCGAAUAGAACGGCUGUUGCCGAAAACAAAACACAAAGAUAAAGAAACUGUUUGGCAAACUUUUAAAUGUGUUCUAAUGUAUUUAUAAUUUAUGAAUUGAGUUCGGCAAGGAAUAUGAGUAUUUUCAAAUCUAAAAGAAGUCGGCUCCAUAUGGGAUGCCUGAAUGCACGCUGUGCAUGUUUGGCAAUUUUUUUCUUCUUAAAACUAAAAAUGGGUAUUUUUGUUCAAGUAGCAGCAGUUCAUUCCAUUCUUUACACGUUAUCUAGACAUUUGCAGACUGGGGAGUUGAUUAUCUCAAGCUGGAUGGAUGUAACGCCAACGCCCGAAUGAUGGACGAAGGUUAUCCAGAGUUUAGUCGUGCCUUAAACAAUACAGGGCGACCUAUUGUGUUUUCGUGUAGUUGGCCUGCUUAUCUAGUCUACAUGGAAAUCAAAGUAAGUGUCUUGGGUCUCACUAACGAGAUUGCUAUUAAAUUGCUUUUCAUAGGAGGGUUAAGAAAUGUGCCCUUUCUAACUUUUAAUACUUGCGCGCUUUGCCCACAAUAAGUGAACCUGCAAAUUUGCCUUCAUUAACAAACUGUAGUGGCUUUAGUUUAUUUUUAUUAUAUGAUGAGGAUUGGCGCGCUCCAACUCCGCAUCUUGUGAUGAUUUCUGCCACUACGACAUCAAGUUUUCCCGCCAAAAUGACGUGGGCUCACUCGCGAAUACUAAAUCUCGUACUCGUAGUCGUCCUCGUCUCAUAAUCUAAAGGUCUUUAUUUUCAAAUAGUAAGACGUUAUAGUCUUGUAGUAUAUGGACGAAAAAUCGUAGGCCUCGUCCCUCAGUUUUGCUUGUGGAACGUAAAAGGUCUCACACUGGGACGCACGGGACGUAUACCCCCAACCUUUGAUGGGCUGGUUUGGUAUCGAAGCUGGGACACAAGUUCUGUCCAUCUCCUGUCAUUCCCUUAAUCCACCGUGGUGAAUUUCAAUUUUAUGAUAAAUAUUUGUAUUCUCCUUUCCAAACCGGUUACAGACCCACGCGUGAAAGCUAUGAACUUCUUAAUAUUCUCUUCGCCAUCUUCUAUAAAAUAACAAAGCAAAGUAAUCAAAUAACUUUUAAUUUUUAUGCACGGACAGCUAAAAGCAACAAAUGGGUAAUACUACUUUUUGUCCUCUGUUAUUUAAUUUACAAAAUUUCACUCUUUUACGACCGACAGCCAGACUAUAGGAAAAUUGGGAAAUACUGCAAUUUAUGGAGAAAUUAUGCAGAUAUUCAGGUACGUUUUUCGUUGGGUAUUUUUUCUGUGUUUAAGAUUAUUGUGAAAUCCAAGGAUAGACUAAUUUCUAGUUUUUAUUUGCUGGGGUCGAUAUAAUUAUACGAAACGCGGGCAUAAAUCUGUAACCUCACUUCACGAGGUUCAAUUUGCUACAACCAGUUGCAAAAAUAUUGGAGACACUUAUUUGGGCUUAAAUGACGGCGUGUCCAUGAUAAUGCCCUUGCAACACUCUUAACCUUAAGGCAUACCUAUUUGUAUUCGCAUUAGAGUUUGUGCAGAACGGAAAACGGAGUUGCGCUUUUAUUAGACUGUAUGAAGCUUCACUUUCGAUUACGAGGUUGUGUUUCCUUAUUUAACAAACAAUAAUCCAUAUAAAGCAUACUAGUCGAACUUUGGUGCAGCUGCUAUUAUUGGUCGAUUUAGAAGAGCCGAAUAAUUAGUGGUGGCUUCCCUCUUUCACUUUUGAUCGCAUGGCACACCGAUGAUGUCCAACACUUUCAUUUCUCAAGUUCUCCCUUUCUUUUUUAAUGGAACUGGCUCCGCUGAGCUCUGCCCUAGGAUUGCCUACUUGCAAAACUAAUCUUCAAUCAUGUACAGAAUAAAAUCGAACAGCCAACACCCAUCCUCCCGAAAUCAAGGAUGAAGCGGUAAGAAAGUCAAAAGCAAAACGUGCCAUAUCCCGACUAUCUUUGAUUUGGGAAAGGGAGGGGCAGGGGGUCUGAAUUUUCUAUCUAUUUUGUCCAAGAUGGUUUAUACAAAAUCUUUGUUGGGAUUCUGAGUUUCACUGUUUGAACUCAUGACGAUUGUGCAUUUACAGGACUCAUUCUUCAGUGUUUAUGGUAUUUACAACUGGUACGCUGCCCAUCAAGAUGAUCUGAUACCCGUUGCUGGCCAAGGACACUGGAAUGACCCAGACAUGGUCAGUGGAGUCUCACUGCAGCGCAUACUUCCUCUCUGACCCAGAGUCGGCAAACGCCGAGUCUCGUCCCCCAAACCUUCGUUUCCUUUGUCCACUAGAACUCGAUGGCAAUCGUUUCCAGUGGAAACCCAAAGGAAUUCUAGCCUCUGGAAACGCGAGACUGGUAUCCGCAAGCUCUGACUUUUUGAAGACGGGAAUGGUGCGCAUACAUACCUCACCCCCUUCUUUCUCUUACUCGAAAUCCGCUGUACAUUUGACAAGUCAUCUUGACAAAUGUUUGACGCCCCCUCCACACGUAUCCGGAUAUUUUUGAAAACGGAGAUUUUUUCUUAGUUUUCGAAAAAAUUGUGUAUACACUUGGCGUAUUCGAAUAGUUUUCGGCUGUCCACACGAAAACGGUAAAACGAUUGAAAUAAGACUUCCUCCAUUUUCGUGCGUCCACACAAAUGCGAUAAGCCGGCAUUUUCAAUAAUUUCCACUCUAGUGGUCGUUUUUGAAAAGAUUGACAAGAUUCGUUUUCGGUGACCGUUUCACCUUAAUAAAUGUACGACAGGAGAGAUGACAAAUUUGCAUCAAUAUUUCGAAAAUCAAACAAAAUUCACACUCUCGAUCCCCGAAGUGUCAACAAAAAUAGGACAUAGCCCGCAGCGAAUAACUCCCGAACAAGGCCUCUGUCAAUGCCUUUUUACGGACCGGUGAAUUUUUAGAUACAUCUUGAAGUAGUUUUUCCCGCGAAAACGGAAGCACCGGUCCGUCUAUGAGCGCUUCUAAAGGAUAAAAUUAUGAAUAAGGAAAACUAAACCUCGUCGAAUGUUCGAAAAUACCAUUUUUAGGUCAGCAGGUUUUGCUGUCUGGUUCUUGGUACUUAAAAGAUAUUCUUAAUUUGCGCCAAAAUCGCCUUAAAGAGGGUCUCAUACAAUAACUUACGGUUAUUUAUAUAAAUAGACGUACUUUUCGAAUAAAUAGUUCCCGGACAAAAUUUCUGUGCUGUUUCUGAAUAAAGAAACGUUGAAAAUUUCUUUCAGUUGAUCAUUGGCAACUUCGGACUCAGUUUUGAGCAGUCCAAACUCCAGUUUGCCCUCUGGGCAAUAAUGGCGUCUGUAAGUAUCCAUGGGUAUUUUUUUCUCUUUUUUGGUACAUAAACGAUGUCUGUUUCAGUACUUAAUCUGCUGCUUUUCUCCCGUAUGAGCUUUAGACUGUAUACAUUCUUAUCUCUUGCUUUAGUAAGAAGAAAGUGCACACAUGUCAUUUCUCAAUCUGAAUAAGAGGAAAAACUUAAUAUCUAAGUAUUUUAGACCUCCAUUUCUAAAAACACUGUAAAACAUUACCACAUGGAUUCGAUGUUCCACUGACAAGGUUUACAAGAGCAGCUUGGGUGCCGUUUUCCAGAGACACGACAGCAUUUUAAUUACAAUAAACUAUUAUCCCCAUCAACAGCCUUUACUGAUGUCUAACGACCUGCGUGACAUCGACUCAAGGUCCAGAGAAAUUCUUCUAAACACGUAAGUCAACAAAUGUAAGCAUCUUUGUUCAUAAAAACUGGCUGGUUAUCGUCAUCAUAACGGCUAUCUGCUCCCCUCCACAUCAUCAUCAUCAUCAUCAUCAUCGUAAUCGUCGUCGUCGUUGUCGUAUCCUGUAAAUACAGCCGACUCUACUCGCUCCUCGCCGCUAGAGACGUCGUCUCUCCCGAGAAUCGUCGUCGAUUGUUGUGGUCAUCGUCUCUUCUAUCGAUAGGGAGCUUAGGUACCAACGACGACGACGGCAGAAAAAUGUGACUGAAAAAUAUCGUGUCUCGCUAAAUUUGUCAAAAGUAGGCGAAUUUUCUGGAAGUUGAAGACUUACGGAUUGUAUACAAGUUCAAAUCAUCGUCAUCACCCGUCACAUUGCGAAACGAUAACAUACGCAGGAAGCCAGUUCAAACAUACGAUCUCGAUCACAUCCUAUAGAUCGUUUUCACUGUCACGCAACAAAAAUUAAAUUGGAAACCGUCCAGAGGAAGAAGCCAAGAAAAUGAAAUGUUGUAAAAGACUAAUAUAUAAACAAUUUGCCCAAAAGUUACUUGCCGAAAGGUUUGAGCUUUUUUUGGUGCACCGUUUUUGAAGAAUUGGCCGCCGGAAAUCAACAAAAACAUCUGGAGUUCACUUUUUCUAUAAAAGCUCUUUCUUUUCGUUCGAGAAAUCAUACGUACAUAUAAACAUAUCUUCCCGAUUACAUUGAAAAUCAAGAGAAGAGACUUUUUUUCAACGAGACAGCAUUGCUAUUUUGGUGUCACGCACUGUGAAAACUCGAAAGUUCAAAUUGCUGUAUUUUCGAAACGAAACAUGCUACGGAAACGGAAACCUGCACAAAGAUUUACUUUUUGCUUAUCUUCAACCUAGUGUAAAUAAGAAUUCGUAAAACCUCACUAUUUUGACUUUACAAUUUGAUGACGUCACAUUGAAAACCAUCUAUUUCAAAAUACCUGUGAUCGGGUUCGCAUAAAAAUCUACAAUUUUGUGUAACGUAUUAUCAAGAUUAACUGUGCGCUAUGUAAGGGCGGUUCAUGAAGUAAUUAAGUAAGAAAUUUCUUUUUACACAGAGAGGUCAUCGCUGUGAACCAAGACAGACUAGGAAAGCAAGGGAAGCGAGUAGUACAGGUACCAAGACAUUAUUUUUCAAUGAGCCAUUUUUCACUAAGCCACUUAACCAAGUUUAAGGUCAUCAUCACGUGGUAUUCAACUUGGGACAAGUGCGUUUAAAAUUCGUUUUUACAUUGCAUCGUCUAUGUCCAGUAGGCCUGUGAAGAAGUCAUAUUAAUUAAAUCUUAAGAUCCUCUCGUCUAGGAUAUAUUCAAUCUCACUGGGUGUGACACUCCCAGUGUAACGUUACGUGUUCCGACACUUCCAGGGGAAACAAGUCUUUUCGUAUCUAGGCUACUAGUGAUAGUUCACGUUCACGGCAAAUUACAGAUUUGACCACGUGACUAUAUUCCAGCCUUUUAUACGCCACUUCCACAUUUCCCAUAACGCACCCUAUUUGCCUCACAAAAUUUUGCCUAACUUUUGGUGUUCAUUUUUCCUGGGUAUUACAGCCGUCCCAAGAGGGAAAUGUGUCAAAUGUGGAAGGGGCGUAUUACGCUUUUCCUUUACAACCAUGACAAACAUGAGAAUAGACUGCAUUUUUUAAAAUCGUUGUCGGAUAUAUUAGCAAUAACUGUACAGUGAUCUCUGCUCGUUUGCGUAGAAAUGACGAUUAACAUCUCUUAUUCUAUGCGAUAAAAAUCAUGUUUCUUAUCACUGUGAUGUCUGUUCGUGUAUUUCUUUAUCCUGGCGAUAGAACCUACUGUCCUUUACUGAGGUAUGGGCUCGUCCACUGUCGGAAUGCGGAAGUGUAGCCGUGGUACUCCUUAGCAUACGUUCGGACCUUCCUGUGGAUGUGGAAGCUUCAUUUUGUGAUGUAUGUAUACGUUUCUUAUACAGCUCCCUUUGCUUGGUUUUUACUUUAUAGUACCCCUCCAAAAAAGAAUAAAACGGCUAAUCUCUAAAAGCAAUCUGUUGCUACUUCGGUAUGAAAGUGAGAUUACUGAUUCACGGCUGGUUUGCACGAGACGUCGCGGCGGCCGUGCAAGUGGUCAAGAACAACACCAAUAUGGCAGCCGUUUCAUUGUUUUGGGAGACCAAUAUGGUGCACGUGACGUCAUGGGAAACCAACAUGGACCCCUUGUCUCGUGGUGACUAAACAAGGAUAGUCUAAAAGGCCCUCUUAAAACGUACUUUUAUCCUUACCCAAAACAAAGGUUAGCUGAUAUUACCUUUAGCAGUUUUUUUAUCAGGCUCCUCUUUGUUUCCAGGAGAUCACCAGGAAUGAUUGCAGUGUAGCCUCGGAUGACCUUAUUUUUGGUUGCUUUCAUAGGUGGGAAUUACAACAGAACGAGCUUACGCGCGCGACCUGUUUGCUCACAAAGAAUUAGGAAUUUACAACGAAUCGUUCACAGCCAGGGUGAACCCCAGUGGAGUAGUGAUGGUCAAGCUGAUUCCAAUAUGUGAUGAAGGAAAGACAGAUAAAAAGACCAAUAAAAUGGCUGAUAGUAAGACAGAUGAAAAGGAAAUUGAAAAGACUGACAAAAACAAGGCACUGAAGACCGAUGAAACAGAGGAUCACAAACGUUGCCAGUGCGUAAAGCUAAACUGACCGACAAGGAAACUUAACGUGAAGAUUUUACACAAAGUUGUUGAAACGCUUUGUUGAACAAAAUUUCUGAAUAAACUUAAGUAUAGCAAGAGUUGGAUUCUCUUGGGGAGAAGCUCUCUUAACGGACAGUCUCUUGUAAGCGAAGGGCAGCUCUUCAUACGGCCGCCUUCACAAAACCCCGUUUUACUCAACUCACAUACAAACUCUGUAUUUUUACAUUCCCGUAAGCGGCCAGCUCCAGUUACGGGCUUCCCGAGGGUGUCCGCUUACGAGAGCUUCAACUGUACAACGCUAAAUUUCUAACUUAUCUAUACAACAGUAUAUAGGUAGUAUUUUAUACACGGCUGAACAAGGUGAAGCGAAUCCUGAGCUCUAAUGGACCCAUAUUACCCUCUCGGGAUUUCCGUGCUGUUGAAUAUUCCUGCCUAGCCUCCUCCGCAGGCUUCACCGUCCAGUUUUAGAGAACAGGUAGGAGAAUGGGGAGAGAACGGGGAGUUAAAGUGGCCCCUCCUCAUUUUUUUCUCCUUUUCUCGUUCAGUACUGAUCCGUUACAACUGGACCCUGGGCAAUUGGAGUUGCUUGCGGAGGAGGCUAAGUCCAGCAUAUGGCCAUAAUAAAUCCCUUGUUGACCAAGCUUACUAAGCUUGUUCGGUCAAGAUAUAUGGCAGGAUGUUGCCAUAUACACCUUGUCCUUUUUUUGCUUUUUGAUUGACCUGGACUUCCUUUCGGUUCUAAAAACGUAAAAAAAAAAUUGGCGAAUAUUCAGGCAUCUUGACCUCCCUUCCUUUUAGUCAAUAACGCUAUAUGCCGGCACCCAGCCAGAGGCCCGGGGUGCAGUGGAACAAACAUCACGGUGAGAAAAUCUUUUGCAUAAACAUAAAACUAUGAAAUUUAAGGUGGUGGGAGAACGAAACGCUACAAAGUAUAUCCAAAUCAGCUGAACAGACUCAAAAGAGUAAAAAAAUUGCGUCGCUGCGAAUCACAGCCCAUAUUUUAUUUUCUGAGGCUUCCUAUGAACAGAAUGGUGCGAACUGGGGCGAACCAUUUGAAUUUUUCCAACCGGGAUUUCCGGUUUCCCCUAACCUGAGAUCAGGCAUUAAUUUUUUUUGCUUCUUUGUUUCUUUGGCUCGAGAGGGAAAAAAAAUAACAGCUUGUUAAAUGAAUGUAUCAGGCCUGCCUCGUACCCAGACGUCUCUCUUUUGAUGAAAAUGUGCGCGCAAAGGAAGGCGGGAAGGAGACAACGGCCCGCUGCCUGUACCCUUCCCAUGGUCCCUUGCGGUUCAUCACCAGUCACUCCGCGCGUUUCGCGCUCGCCUCUGCCAUACGAAAAACGAAGCGCCUGAGGAGGCGUUAACCGCCUCCUAAUUUACAUAAUGUAACGUCUACUUGACCUGUCAUGUUAUUAGCCAAUAAGCGUUUACCAUACGGGAAUCAUAUUUUAACGUCUCCUGAAAUAAAUUUUAGGGAAAAGAAAAUUUUUAAGCACGUCCAUGUUCAGAUGGUGCUUCCUAAAAAAAAAUUUAAAUGUGUUGUUUUUGUGAUGAAAUACUGCCAGCUGGAGCUGCCGUACCUUAAUUUAACAGCUACAAAUAAUAAAGAAUUUACAGGUUAAAGCUCGUUGUAUGACUUCGUUCUGUGCCGAAAGCAGUGAAAAAAACAAAUUUGGCUGAAGCACCAUAUUUUACGAACUGAAAGGUGUUGUGAAAGCGAAGAUCGCUCAGAAUAAUUCGCAGGUUUCUGAAGGAGGAAUUACAGUCAAUCAAGGUCAAGAUUCCAUUCACGAAUUGAUUAUUUGAAAAGUGAACCCGUUUAUCGCUUCUCUAACUUGUAGCCGGUAUCGAAUUGCAUUCAAAUGAUCGGUGAAUUUUUGACUGCAACUUUUUUGUUUACGAUGAGAUGGAAAAUAUGAAAUUUCUAUUUAGGCAUUCUUCAAAUUCAAGAAAACUGCUCAUUACGCAAGCAAAAAUGCAGACUGAAAUCAACCACAACUAACGGAUGGCAACCUGAGAUCAGGCCCAAUUUGAGCGGUUCUCAUACAUUCUCUCUAACGGCUACCGCUGACUGAUUGGGCCUCUCUUUUCGUUUCGUCUUGCCCGCCGGAAUGUAAUUCUCAAAGCGAAACGAAAAUAGAGCCUGAUCUCAGGUUAAACGGAUGGCGGCAUUUUGGCCAAUUGGAACAGCGCAAAUCAUCCGUAUUGUUUCCUAUCCAAUCAGAAAAAAGUCCAGAUUCUGGCUUUUUUACAUGUGAUCCGACAAAUAAAUGUAUCAUGCCCUCUUCCCGUGAGAGACAUUAAGGGAUAAUAGGGGGAAGGCAUGAUCUCAGGCUACGUAUAGGUUUCCCCAUGUAAAUGAGCCUGUGUACAGAGUCCCCUUCUCUAAGUAAAAAUCGGCGAAGGGGCGUCUCCGAUUUUUACUGAGGGGAGGGGAGUGUAUACACAGGUUAAUGAAAAUGGGAAGUACCCCGGCCUGGUUUUUGACCCAUUUGGUCCGUGGGUAAUUAUAGAUUUUAGCAGCUGGGAUCUGAAAUAGAAUGAGCAUUUUCUGUUCCGACCAUUCAUUGCUUGUGAAUAGUGUUUCCAGUCAGAAUAGCGUCAGGAAAAAUUUUCAAUGGAUAGGGGCUAGGUAGGUGUUUUAGGAACUGUGCCGAACACCCAAGCCCUAAAUUUUCUGGGAGUACCCCCCCCCCCCGGAUGUUGCGGCUAUCGACUAACUAUCAACUGUACGGGCAAGUUGGUGUACUGAAGCGAAAAGGGGAGUAUCGGCGUUUACGAUGCGUUUCUUCAAAGAAGAAAAAGAUUAUCCAUGUUGUACAAUUCUUGUAAAAAAUAUUUUUCAUUCAACACGCGCGGCUCUAUGAAAAUCUUAGCGUGACAACACUUUGCGAUCAAGUAACUUAGAGUAACUUGAGAAUGAGAUUUGAGGUCCAAUUUUUUAGCAGUUCACUCUCCCGGCACGAUUAAAGCUCACGCGGUCUAAUGCGGGUCGUAUGAUCGACAAAGAAAAACGGACAAGGCCAUGAUGGAGAAGUGUUUCUUCUUUGUAGUUGUAUUUGCCUUUCUGAUUCAUGGAUUUGUCGACGACGGAGUGGUUUUUGGGCUGGACAAUGGCUUAGCUCUUACACCGCCAAGUAAGUCUUAGUUUUGCUUCAGUGGUGCACGUAGCUGGCAAUUUGAUUGAUCUUCAGUUAACAGAAAGAGGAAGUGGCGGUCGGGAAAUGUUCAUUUUAAUUUUUCCAUUUUCUCUUAAUCGAACAGUGGGCUGGAUGGACUGGGAAAGGUUCAGAUGCAACAUAAAUUGCAUUAAAUAUCCCAACGACUGCAUAAGGUGAGCAGUGCGUUAUAGAUAAACCUUCAUCAAAUCUGUUUUAGAUGUGUCAUUCCACAAGCUGCAAGUAACUCAGAGGCUUAUUAUAACAGUUAGUAAUCAGCAGAGGUUCACUCACACAUACACGUACAUUGUCGACAUUGGUUUUUCCGCGAGGAGGGGGUUGACCCUCACAACCUCCCCGGGACACCCGGGGGUUAGAGGGGAUUCGUUGAGUUUGGAGAAAUAAUUUUCUCCGUGGGGUAGGGGCAGUCUUCGGUGUAUUCCAAACUGGCCCAUGUCAAAAGUUGAAAAAACUAUGGAAGGGUCUCUUUGUUCUUAGUAUUUAAACAUUUGCUCACCAGCGUAAUGGCACCAAACCCAUAUGUAUGCGACAAAUGAAUUAGAAAACAAUAGGUGAAAGGAAAACAUAAUCAAUAUAUCUGCAAUAUGUCUGCUCUUAAAUAGAGUCCCAUGCCUACGGCCUGGUACCACAAAUGAUUUCCCUACAGGGAGCUUCUAGCUGAUAAAUAACUUACAUAUAUUCUGGGGUGUCUGCCCCCAGGGAGAGGGAUUUAGUCUAAUUGGUUCAUGUAGUCUUUUGUUUCACCUUAGCUAAAAACAAAUCUUAGGGUGUCCUGCUGGUGGUCAACCCUUGGGAAAGCCAAUAAUGAGUGCAAAAUGGGUUUGAAAUUUACACAGAAAUUGAUAAAUUGCUCUGAUUUUAAUCAUUACAGUGAACGCUUGAUUAAACAACAGGCAGACCGGCUUGCUGAGGAUGGCUAUAAAGAUGCUGGGUAUGAGUAUGUCAGCAUUGAUGUGAGUGUUGCAAUAUUUUAUUAUUAACUAAGCUAAGAAAGAUGAUGGGGUAUGAUGCAGGAACUACAGCCAGGAGGUUAUAAGAGGACAGGAAUUCUAAAGGACAUGGAAUAUCAGGCAUGUGCCUAAAUCAUACCAUCCAAAUUAAAAAGAAGAGCCAAAGAGUACUAGGAACAAUUGAUCAGAGCUGGGUCUGAGAAAUUUUUGAAUGUCAACAAAUUUGAUUCUGAGUGUAUGAGGUUUAAUAUAUGCCAUCAUGGCAACUAUUGUCAGUAAUAAUGAUUUAAAUAAAUAAAUGUAGUAAAAUAAUGCCAUUUAAGGCAAGAAUUCAAUUGAUUUUUCAUUAAAACUUGUAAUAAAUUAAAAAGAAGUAGUUAGUGUACAGUUUACAAAUGAGUAAUUAAUAAAUGAAUUUAAAGUUUACAUGAUUUCAUUUUGUAUAAGGAAAAGGACCUGCCUGCAUGUGGGCAGAACACACACACAUACACACAUGAUUUGAAUUAUAAAGUAAAACAAACUUUUAAGUGUGCAGUCUUAGCUUCCAACUUAUAAAUAUAUAAAUUAAUUAAUAAUAAUUCGUAUUUUGUUACAAAUAGUUAUGGUGAGUCUUGGGACUCAUCUUGUUAACAAAUCAAGAUCGAGUCCCACUACAGAACCAUUGAGUCCCAUUUCAAAAAAUAACAAGUCCUAAAGUGAAAAUGCUUGGCCCAAGAAAUGUGUGUGGUUAAACAUUAAGACACAAGAAAAGCCAAAGAAAUCACAUGAACAGGAUAUUCUACAAAAACAUUCUCAGAUCGAUUGAUCUAUCAAUAUUUGCAUCCUACGAAAUGCCAUGCCAUGAACUUUUGUGUGUCUUUGGGGAUUGUUAUUCAUCAGGGACGCAGGACGCAGAGGUAACAAAAUUAAAGUCAUGAUUGACUUUUUUUAGGACUGUUGGUCAAACAAGAAACGAGACCCUUCUGGGAGUCUUCAGCCAAACAGUACAAGAUUCCCCAAUGGAAUGAAGGCCCUUGCAGACUAUGUGAGAUGUUUAAUAUAUAGUACAUUUAUUAAUUUUGUGUAUAUGGUUAAGGUCAUUCCCUUCAAGAGGAUGUACUGUCCAGAUUAUAUUCAAACUUUGCACAAAUGUCAGCCAUAUAUAGGACAUUCAGAAACUACAAUGAAAAGAUCGGGUCACUUGCUUGUUUUUACCCCUGUGUGCCAGUAUACAUAGGUGAAGUUGCAAUGUUAUUAUAUGUGCACCAAGUGAUGUACAGUGCAAAACAAGGGAAUUACCUUAAGUAAUUUUCUACCUUUUGACUGCAGGUGUACUGUGGGUUUAUCAUUUAAGUUAGGGGAAUAAGGCAGUGGUACGUAUUCGAGAAGGUUUUGGGUGGCUGUGUCUUGCAAAGGUCUCUAAAUUUGCACUCCAUUUUAAAGGAUUUGCAUUGAAGGCAAAGCUACAAGUAUGUUUAAGAGUUACGGUAGAUAAUGGAAAAGGCAUACAUGGGCCAAGGAGGUGCAAAGAUGGCUGUAGUGUUAUCUGUGAUUUGAAUUGUUAAUAUGUUAGCAUCAAGAAGUUUUGCAACUCUUCCGAUCCAUGGAGGGGAUGUUGGUCCAUUGCAGGGUUCUCCCCUGAGCAGUUGGUUUCCAGUACAUCCAUUUUUAAAUAAGAAUUUAAAAUACACCUGGGUAGAGAAAGAUAAGGUGGAGCAACGAUUUUUGUCUCAAGAAACAGUAACUUCAUAACUUCUAUUCCCAGCUGAAUACUAUGAAUUUUAAUUUGUGUUUACAAAAGCUGGUAUUAUGCCCUGUUCUAGAUGUCUCAGACGGUGUAUCCUGUCUAGGUCAAAAUCCCCACAGAGGUCAGCAAGCCAUAUCCCUGUAUAUAGGCACAGUGAGGGAGAACCCUCCAGUGAUUUUUGAAAUUUCAACAGGCCACAGAAAAAAGAAUGUCUAACCAAAUCAACUUAUUUUUUCACAGAACAACUAAAUUGACAUGGAUAUUUCAACUAAGCGAAUAAAAAAUUGGGGGUUAGGUGCACUUUCAGUGCAGUGAAGGUGUUGGCAAAAUCAAAUAAAUUAUUACCCCUGAGCAUCAGCGUACGGGGCGGGGGGGCUGGGGGGGCUGCAGCCCCCCCUGUUGGAAAAAACCUAGUAUUAUUCGGCAAAACUGAUGUACCGUUCGGGCAAAGACACAGUAGGGUGAGACACCUGCUGCAGUGAACGACAGCUCACAACAGACGGCAAAAGACCACUUUCGUAUCACAGUUUAUUACACAUGUAUUGACAAAGUCGUCAGUGAACUUCAAUCAAGGUUUGAGGUCAAUGACCAGGAGGUUUUGUGCGCAUUGGGCGAAAUCGUAUUCAGCCGUUCUCCAAGCAUCAACAACAUCCAAACUGUAUCAAAUUUCUAUGGAGUGGAUAGUGAAAUGCUAUCAAGUGAGAAGUCAAUCUUUGAAAACUACGACUGCGGGGACCCAUGCCAGAGAAAAAACGCAGCCGUGACGGUAAAGACCAUUCAUCAAAAUGGUCUCCAUGACAUUUUACCUGUUCUAUAUAAAGUUACCUCCAUCCUGGCCACAAUUCCUGCAACCUCGUGCUCUGCUGAAAGAUCUUUCAGCACCCUUCGCUGCAUUAAGACAUUUUUAAGAUCCACAAUGAGACAAGACCGACUUAGCAGUAUCGCCGUUAUUAACAUUGAAAGAAAGUAUGCAAACAAGACAAUGCAGAAUGACAUGCAAAGGAUUAUUGACAUAUUUGGCUGUCGAAGUAAUCGUUCUUCAUACUUCUUUUAGAGCUCAAAUGGGUACGUUUCAUCUCUCACUUCAUGGUUUUGUAUUUUAGAAAUGUUCAUCUCGAUUUACCGAAAAUAUUUGCUCUAUUUUUAACGCCCGUGCUCUCACGGCAUGGCGAAGAAAACUUGACGACACGAAAGAAUCAUCUUGUGCAUCUGUGACCAACAAGUUUCAUUCGGGCAAAUUAUGUUCAGCCCCCCCAACAAAAUUUUUCCCGUACGCCAAUGCCCCUGAGAACAUAAGUUUCCUUAGCAAAAACGUUUUGUACUUUAUUUUCAUAUUCAUUGUCUGUAAAUCACAACAAUUUGAUCUUCCAAAUUAAAAAUAUAUUUUUAUUUAAGAGUUGCGGCAUCCUUAGGUUUUGUGAUUUUACUAAUCGUUUUACUCUUGUGAUACACAGUUGCAUGGCAAAGGACUGAAACUUGGAUUGUAUGCCGGUAUGUGUCAACUUAUCAAAAUGUUAAUAAGAAAGCUGAAACAACAACUUAUCACUAGCCAUCCCGGCCCCCAGUUUUCCUAGAAAUUGUCCUCUGGGGAUUUAAACCAGGUAUCAUCUGGUGGCCUUGUCCAAUUCGGUGAUUUUGAAAAGCAGAUCCGUCAAUCUCGCCAGUAUUUUGAGAGUUAGAAUCACGCCAGUCUAGUCAUAUGAGAAAAAGGGUGGCUUAAGAAAUAGCUUUUAGUUAUAAUUAAAUUAAUUAUCUUUUUAUUUGUGGAUCAGAUUAUGGUUUUCUGACAUGUGCUGGUUAUCCAGGAAGUAUUGAUCACAUUGAACAGGAUGCAAAGGUAAAACAUUGAAUUUAAAAUAUAUUUUUAAACAAACUUUUGCGGCCUUCAAAUAUUACUGUAUGUUACUUGUUUAUUACCUCAGAUAGUUUACUCAGGGGCAGGAUUGUUGGACUUAAAAAACUGGAGGAAGGAGGGUAAUGGUAAUCUUCAGAAGAAAGAUUCAAUUAUUGAGUAUGCUUUUUAUGUAAUUGAGCCAAAAAUAAAACCUGUGUGUAGAAAUUCAUAUUAAGUUGAAGAAGAAAAAGCUGACAUUUUGCCUUUUUAUUGAUAACACAGACCUUUGCCAGCUGGGAAAUUGACUACCUCAAAGUUGAUGGCUGCUUUUCUGACCCAUCUACGUUUGAUGUUGGUUACCCCAAGUUCACAGAGGCUCUAAAUGCAACUGGACGACCAAUCCUACUAAGUUGUGAAUGGCCAGAUUACCAGCAAAAAAUUGGCAUCAAGGUGUGUAAUCAGACAGUCAGAUGGGUAAAGUAGAGCUAGUUGGGAGCAUGAUAUCCAACAAAAUUAGUUAAUUUCUUUAAAAUACUUUUUCAGAAGGUGUUAAUAAUUAACUAGAAUUCGAAUAUCUUCUCUAUUAGCAUAUUUUUCGUAAACUUCAUCUGCAUGUAACAAAAGUCCUUUCAAUGCUUUACAAGUAUUUGGGAGACAGCCCCCUGUGAUAAAUCAAUAAUGGUCCUGCUUUUUAAGGGACUUGGCUUGCUCCUACUUUUUUCAGGGAUUUACCAACAUCCACCAUCAAAAAGAUAAUAAUUAUAUAUAUUGGGCUAUUGCCUUUUAAAUCCCCCACCCCCCAACCCCCCCACCCUGCGGUUGAACUGUAACUUACCCCAGGAGAAUUGCAUGGUUCCUCAACCGGGGGGCGGGGGGAGGGUGGGGGUGGUGCAGAUAUUAAGUUAGUGCAAUAGCCCAUUCUGUAUCAGCCUCUCACCACACUUCUUUCAGUGCGAAUUUAAGUUUAAUAUUAUUACUUUUGUUUGCUUCAUUUAUGUUUUCUGAUCCCUUCCUCUCCCUAAGAAAUUGAUUUCCUCAGUGGACCUAACUGGACAUUCAAUUAUUUGUCAUCUUCUGGAAAUUUUAAAAGAUAAAAACUUUUUAGAAAUUAUGAUUAUAGUUUGCAGCAUGGCUGAGUGGUCACUGUGUUGGACUCACAAUCUGGUGGUCCCGCUCUGGUCACUUGCUCGGCUGGAUUUCAAAUCCUUGGCCACUCUUGUAAAUAGCCAGCCAAUUGGUUGCCUCCCGCCAGUUGGGGUUUUUAAUCUUGUUACACUUAAUUAAUUAUAUUUGAAUUAUUUGUUUCUAAUUAUUUGAGUGGAAUGCCUGUAAACUAGCUAGAUAAGCUAAGCAUGAUUUCCACUAUAUAAAAACAAACCUUAAUAACCUUCUUUUUUAAACUUUUAAUAUUAUUAUUCAGUUGGACAAAACCUUCUGGUUUAACACCUGUAUUUAACAUCUGUAAAAUAUAGUUUGUUUUAAUUUAGCUUAUAUAAGAGUUCUCUCUCAUUACAGCCUGACUAUGCUGCUAUAGCGAGAAACUGUAACACCUGGAGAAAUUAUCAUGAUGUUCAGGUUGGGUUUUAAUAUUUUAUCAUUUAGUGUUUUUACAGCGUGCAAAGAAAGUAGUGUCCGAUAGCCCGGGGCUAGUGGAUUUUGCUAUCAGGCUAGUGAAUUCUGUUAUUAACUUGGCCGAUGGGCAAGUGAAUUUUUUUGAGGAAUUCAAAUUGCAGAAGAACUUUGAAAUCAAUCUGCUCAUCAAACGUUUUUGGGGCUAGUUGGAAUGAUAUUUGGGCUAGUAAAUGUUAGCCUCAGCUUGCCCGAAUGGCAAGCUGUAAAAAUGACUUUCUUUGCACCCUGUUUUGGUUUGCUGAAUUUGGUUUUCAAUGCCGUAUAUAGUGAUUGCCAGAAUGGGACAGUUUAAUAAUGAGAAACACAUGAUUAAUGACACGUUGUGGGUUAAGUGCAAAUGAAAAGGUCUCCAGAUUAAAGUUCUUCAGAGGUUGGCCUUCUUUGUAUAUACUUAUGACACUUUGCUGUUGGCAGUCUAAGAACAUUAAUUUUCAUUUGCUCAUGUUUAAGUUUUGAUACAAAGCAAGAUGAAAAAAUCCUGAAUACCAACUUGACAUAAAUAGUAUAUGUACAUAUAUCACUGACAUUAAUUUUUGAAAUUGCAGGACCAAUGGUCAAGUGUCUUAAGCAUUGUUGAUCACUUUGCUGAAAAGCAAGACACUUUUACAGCAGCAGCAGGACCUGGUCACUGGAAUGAUCCAGAUAUGGUGAGAAUACUGUGUACAGUCAUUCUGAGUCUUUUCUGAGGCAGGGGCAGGGGAGAGGCGUGUCAAAAGUUACAAUGGAGGUGAAAAGUCUCACUUAAGGUCACUUAACUAAGAGGACUUACCACUUCUCCUCUUCGGCCCCCGAAUAAUGUUGAAUUUUCAGGAAGAUGGGUACAGAUAAGUUUGAAAAACUGGGGGCUUUUUGGCUUUGUUGCAUCACAUGCCUAAACAUGGUCAAGAUGAAAAGAGUUGAUAUUGGCUAGGCAGGUUACCUUAUCCACCUAGGGUCCCUGUGACUUCCACAUUAACAGUCACCAUAUAUACUGGUGCGUAUCAUGAUGCAAUGAUUGACACUGUAUUGGCUAUCUAAAAUGUGUGUUAGAGCGUGUAAGUUUGACUUUUGCUAGCAUGUUAAGUGGGAGAAUCACAUUUUUAAAUUUCUUCUCUCCAUACAGCUUAUAGUUGGUGAUUUUGGGCUGAAUUUUGAACAGUCAAAAGCCCAAUUUGGUCUUUGGUCAAUCCUAGCUGCAGUAAGUUUUAAGAAUGUGUGAGCAUUUCCUUUUUCAGUCAGAAUGAGUUUGUUUGAUAUAAUUCAUCAAGGAGGAAAGUUUUCUAUAUAAGUGUUUCAUAACAUGGCUCUCUAGAGAGUUUUCCGAAUAAUAAAAUAUUUCAAUGUCACUGCUAUUGAUUUCUACUGAUUACUUUUUUCUUUUACUGUGCGAUGAUAUCAGUGAUAGUUUAAAGCUCAUUAUCUGCACAGAAAUUUUUCAUGGCUGCAUAAUCAUAAAUUAAAAUAUAAUUUUACAAUUAUUAUUAUAAUAAUAUUAUUUUACGCAAAUAUUUUGAAAGUAAUUUUUAGGAAUAAUAAUUUGGCUUUAAAUUUUUUAAUAUCUUUAUAAGCUGGGAACAGUAGAAUAGUUUGUGCCACCAUAUCAUCUUGUUUUUAUUUUCAGCCUCUUGUUAUGUCCAAUGAUUUAAGGAAUAUUUCAGCAGAGGCCAAAGAUAUUCUUCUCAACAGGUGAAAGUAUUUUAAUUAACUAAGCAUGAAACAAUGAUGAGUAGUUUUGAAAAUCUGAAAAUGUACUGGCAGUUGUCUCCAUUCACAAAUGCACUGUUUCCGUUUGUUUCAAGCAAUAAUCUGGGAGUACUUACAGAGCUCAUGGAGAAGGAACAUCAAUUUGAAUUCAAUUUUCACUAUUAAUUUCCCUUUCCUUUCAGAGAAGUAAUUGCUGUUGAUCAAGACAAGCUUGGAAAAAUGGGUCGGAGAGUGGUGUGUAUGAUUCUCCCAUUAGUUAUUUGUUUAUAAUAUGAAAAAUAACGUAACGCAGAAUUGCUUAACUCUCCCUUUUGUCUCCUUAGAUGAAACAAAACACUUCGGAAGUGUGGUCACGACCUCUUUCAGAUGGCAGUGUCGCUGUAUUGUUAUUCAAUCGCAAAUCUGAUGCAGCUAUUAUAGAAGCAGAUUUUAAACUGGUAUGUAUCAACUGUUGAUGAUAGAGAUGGCGAUACUUGAUGAUAAUAAUAAUGGUGGUGAUAAGUCUGAUAUUGAUGAUAAUGUCAAAUGUGCCGAAGGACAAGGCAAAUGAUAAUCUAGACUAGCCCACAAGUAGACUUUUUGAGCCACGAAGUCAAAAAUUGAGCAAAGAUCAAAAGAUGUGACAGUUUAUUUGUCUUGCCUACAGUGAUUCAAAUUUAGUAUGCAAUAUAUUGUGGGGCAAAAAUGUUUCAGAGUCUCAGUUAUCCAUGACUGGCAAGUACAGCUGGCAAGUGCAACAACAAAUUUCAAGGAAGUAGUGUGUCUUUUGUAUACAGAGUGUCCUAAACUCAUCAGCCCAGAAAUUUCAGUUUCCCUCCUGACUGACCACCCAUUAAAACAGACUUUUGGGAAGUCUAUUGAUGAUGAUGAUGAUGACGGUUAAGUACAUAGUAAUGGCGAUUGAGGGUGAUGAUGAGUGUUAGUGUCAGUGGCAGUGAUGGUUGUUUGGACAGAGCAUAAGUGUACCAUUUUUUUGACUGCCUGUUUCAUUCAAAUCGAAUCAGAAUCAGAUUAAAGUCAGCUAAGGAGAAGGCAUCAUUCACAUAAAAUAUCACUUGAGAUUUCAAGAAACAGAACAGUCACAUUCCUACAAGCCAACAUUAAAUCAUCAAGUUUUCUCACUCUCAGGUCUAGGCUGCAAAAAAAUUCAAAACCAUACCCAUUGUUCUCAAAUCCCCUUUCUUUUUUGGUUUUGCAGAUCGGAAUUACAUCAAGCACAGCCAAGGCUAGAGACCUGUUUGCUCAUAAAGACCUGGGAAAGUUUACGAAGUUCUUUAGUUCCAAAGUUAACUCAACAGGGGUGGUGAUGGUUAAAUUGACUCCAGUUGAAGAUGUUUUUUACGGAGAGCUGAGAUUCAUUUGAAAUAACAGGCUUUGUUUGUCGCUUUUACAGGUUUUUUAAACUUGUGGAUGAAACCUUAAAACUGUGACCACUCUUAAACACGCAAUGGAGCAGUAUUUUUCUUUACUUGUCUAGUUUAUAAUAGCUGUAGCUCUAUUUGUUUUAAAACAAUAAAUUACGACUGAUCAAUUCAACAGAUAUGGCUAUUUUACUAACUUUUGGGUCUGUGGAUGAGAUCCUAAACAAAGUUUUAAUAAUAUUAUUCAGUGUUAAACAUUCAAAUGAUGGCUUUGGAGUAGAAAUUGAUGAUGAUCCUGCUGAUAAAAUUUAAUUUUAUGUAGUCACUUACUAAAAGAAAGUUUACAGUGUUGUUAUAGCAAAACAGAAAGAGGGGGAAAGUAUUUUUUUUGUGUGUUAAAAUCGAAGUAGCAGCUAACACACUCUAUUCUUCUAGACACAUUGACUAAGACAUGCACAUCUACUUCUGUAAUACCUAUUUCAAUUAAGGUUGCUCCCGUGAACCAUGUUUCAUAGCUUAUGGUAAGCCCUUUUGUAGCGGGAAGUUUAAUCUUGUUCACGUUCAUUGAAAUAAUGGAGACCAUUUGUAAAAAGGCGUUCAAGAGAGCUUUCAAGUCCAAUGGCUGCUGUUUAAAUUCUUAAGCAUGAGCGAGCUGAAAAUUUUCAUUUUUAAAAUCUCAUAGCAAAAAAUUACUUAUUACUAAUUAUUUCUUUUAACAACAUUAAAUGAAUAGGCCCG